UAGGUCACAGAUUGGUGUUAAAAAUAUUGAAUGGUCUGUAUGGAAUUUUUGGCCAACCAUGGAAGAACAUAUAGAUGUUUGGAAAAAUACAACUUUUUAACAUACUAGAUAAGUUGGUUCAAGCAGCCAUGACCACUUCCCAUGUGAAUGGACAUGUAACAGAAGAUUCUGAUAGUGAGAGACAAGCUGCAGAUUUUUCUCAAGGGGAACCACAGAAACACAGAGAGAUGGCUGUUGACUGUCCUGAUUUGGGUUCGAGGGCUAUGCCAAUUCGCCGUAGUGCUCAACUUGAGAGGAUCAAGCAGCAACAAGAUGAUAUGCGACGAAGACGUGAGGAGGAAGGAAAGAAGCAGGAACUGGAUGUUAAUUCUUCCAUGAGAUUAAAGAAAUUAGCACAGAUUUUUCCUAAAACUGGAAUUGACAAUCCAAUAUUUGACACAGAAGAAGGACUCUUUCUGGAAAGUCCUAAUCAUGCUGUGAAAGUAUUGGGUAUGUGUUAACUCUUAAAUGUUUUUUGUGUGUGUAUGCUCAUGUGAAACUUAAUUGUGGGUAGUAUAUAGAAGUAGUAUCUGAUAGAAUAUCUCUAAUACUAUUUCAUAUUGAUAUUUAAAAGUGCUGUUAUUCUGGCGCAAAAUGCUCAAUUGAAAACCAUAACAAAGGAAACUAGCGUAAGGUUUCUAUUUUUAACGGUUUGCACUCAAUUACCGCUAUUAUAAAGUUGUCCACACAGGGUUAAGUAUGCAUAUGCAUAUUUGCAAGCCGACUUAAAUAAUGGCAGCAAGACAUAAGCAAUCAGAAACAAGGAAAUUGUUUCAUUCUGCUUUUUUAUUUUGCAUGUGUAUCCAUUUAAAAAAAAAAAAAAAAAAAAAAUAUAUAUAUAUAUAAUUUUUUUUUUUUUUUUUUUUUGCUAUCAAGUGUAUUGUUUCUUGAACCACAUCACAAAAUGUUUUUUUGAUUUUCUUUUUGGGGGGUGAAGGGGAAGGGGGGGUUGUUUUGUUUUUUUAAAGGGACAUUCCUAGGCACCAAAACAAAUUUAAUGCACUUGAUAAAUUUUGCCAUCAUUAAUAUGGUGGUUUUUUUUUAUUGUCCAAUCUUUAUAUAUAUAUAUAUAUAUAUAUAUAUAAAUAAGAUUGGACAAUUUUCUAUAUAUAUAUCAUGUUUUAUCAUGUUUUUUGGAUUCGCAGAUCCAAUUUGGUUAAAGGACCACUAUAGUGCCAGGAAAACAUACUUGUUUUCCUGGCACUAUAGUGCCCUGAGGGUGCCCCCACCCUCAGGGUCCCCCUCCCGCCCGGCUCUGGAAGGGGGAAAGGGGUUUAAACUUACCUUUUUCCAGCGCUGGGAGAAGGAGCUCUCCUCCUUCUCUCCUCCUCCGUUCCGCCUCGUCGGCUGAAUGCGCACGCGCGGCAAGAGCUGUGCGCGCAUUCAGCCGGUCGCAUAGGAAAGCAUUCAUAAUGCUUUCCUAUGGACACUGGCAUGCUCUCACUGUGAAAAUCACAGUGAGAAGCACGCAAGCGCCUCUAGUGGCUGUCAAUGAGACAGCCACUAGAGACUUUGGGGGAAGGCUUAACCCAUUGAUAAACAUAGCAGUUUCUCUGAAACUGCUAUGUUUAUUAAAAAAUGGGUUAACCCUAACUGGACCUGGCACCCAGACCACUUCAUUAAGCUGAAGUGGUCUGGGUGUAUCAGAGUGUAGACUAAGCGUAGUCUUCUUACGCUAUGUGAUCUGGAGAACCUGUUUUACCUGUUUGCCUGUAAUUAAGCGUCAUAGAUCUAAAUUAAUAUUUGUGAACAACGGGACACGCAGGUCCCUUCUACAUCUAGUUAGUGUAAUCCUGGCGAAUCUGUCAUGCUCCUGUGAUCUUUCACUGCCCCGUUAAUAGGGCGUUGUUUGGUGUUUUUUAUCUGUGUAUAGCAGUUUUACCAUUCAUAUUUACAAAUUCAAUGUGGUCUACUAGUGGCUGCUGUAUGUGUGAGGUGUUCUCCUGUGUGGUGUGUCUCCCCCUUGUCUUGGUUGUGUGUUUGUUAGUGUUUUGUGUUGGCUAGUGUCCAUCUUCACCGGUGGCUCUGGUUUACCUUAGGUUGGACUUCUCACUAGAGGUGUAGUGUGUAUCCACAUGGGUUCGCUUUUAUAUCUUUAGCUUCCCCCCUUUACUGUCAACAUCAGGAGUCCUUGUGUCUGCCGGGGCAUUUAUCUGAUGGUGUCUUAUCUUUUGUCCUGUGGAGUCUUUGGUGUCGUAUUUGUGUAACUGGCCCUGUGGUUUGAGGCAUAAAUGCGUUUUUAUGUGGUUUAUGUAUGUACUGUAUGAGUUAUGAGGUGGAUCUCUGUGUGGGAGUGUGUUAAGUUUUGAGCUUGUGUGAGUCUGUGUUGGUGCAUGUUGUCAUUUUCUUCCUUUUCUUUUUUUCUGUGCUUUUUGGCCUUGCUAUAUUCUCUUUUCGGGGGUUGUGAGUGUGUCUGUUUACCCUUCUUUUAAUAGCUUACUCACUUACUCCCGCCCACUAGGUCUUUGCUCUUUCAACUUGCCUAUUGUCUGGGCCCUGGAUAGUCUCAUCCCCUGUGUGUGUCUGCUCCCAUCUGGACCUGUGCCCCGCAGCAACAGGUGGAUAGGGGGUAGGCUUGGGUGCAGUGGGUGCCCCGUCCCCCGCUCCCCCUGCCCCCAUCUAGGCGGCAGUUGUGUUCCGUGAGCAAUCUAUGUACCAUAGUCUCCACUGCUCUGUGUGUUUUUCCUGUCUCCCUAGAAGAUUUGAUAUUGUGGAUUCGGCUUUUUGUAUUUCUUCCACCCUGUGUUUCCAUUGUCUGAUUGUUGGUGGGUUCGGUGUUUUCCAUAGUAUUGGUAUCAGUGCUUUUUCUGCGUUUAGCACGUGUCUGAGGAUGUAAUCUUGUGAUUAAUCUCUUGGUAAUUCGUGCUCGAUGAGCUCUUGUGCUGCAGCAGGAAUAUUUGUUCCCAUUGCCCCUCCGUGUAUGUGUUGUCCAUUAGGUCCUCCCAUUGCCUUUUGAAUAGGUCCUUCCUUUCCCUUUCACCUAUUGCCAGUCGUUGGUAUACGGCCGAGACUGUGCCAUCUGCGUCAGGUGUCUGGAACCAUAUCUUUUCAAACCAUGUUAGUUCCCUGUGCAGUUUGUUUCUGUGUGGUAGGUUGUGGUAGAAGUGUUUAAGCUAAGCAUAGUGGAAUUGGUGCAUGAGGAUAGACGUCCCUCCUUCCGUCUUCAGCUCCGUUUCUGUUAGUGUCGUGUGUAGUGGGACAUAUCCUUCCUGGUUGACCAGUGGUCAUGCGAACGGUGGAAGUCCAUCUCCUAUGUUCGAGUUGUGGGUGAUGGGGAUCAGCGGGCUUGGUGUAGGGGGAAUGUGAGGCCCUUUCCUCAGUCUGUUCCAAGAUUUGGGUGAUUGGGGGAGUCUUCCCCCAGAUUUUUUGAGGCCUCAUCCUCUUUGUGCCAGAGGUGUUGGUGGAGUUGGUUUUCUGCUAGGUCUUUGCACAGUGUGAUCCAUCUUUUGUGAGGGGUGGCCGUGUGCAGUUGCCUAAUGCGCUGUAGAAUUGGUGCGUGAUAGUAUUAGUUCAGGUCCGGUAGUGCGUGUGUCCCACGUUUUGGGAGGUACAAUUUUCGUGACCAAUCCUGGCUCUGUCUCUCUUACAUAUGUAUUUAAGGAUCGCUGUCGGGAGCGUUUUGAAGAAUAUUUGUGGAAUUGUGUGGAACAUGUAGAGUAUUCUGGGAAGGAUAUUAAUCUUCACGAUUGCUAUUCGUUCCUGCCACGAGAGGUGGUUGUAGUUCUUUCUCUUGAGGUCCUCUAGGAUGUUGGACAGGAAGGGUGCAUAGUUAUGUGCGUAAAGUUCCUUCGCUUCGAGAGUGACCUGUAGUCCCAGGUAUUUCAUGCGAUCUGUGCAACAGUGGAAUGGGAAUUGUUUCUUCAGUUGUGUACAUUCCUCCUCUGGUACCGUCACAUUUAGUAUCUCGCACCUGGGUAUGUUUUAGUUUAAGCCCCGAUAAGUUUCCAUAUGUCUGAAACUCUAUCAUUAGCUGGGGGAUCGACUCCAGGGGUUCAUCCAAGAAGAACAGCAUAUCAUCUGCAUAGGCAGCUACUUUGUGCUCCUGUGUUUUGUGCUUAAGGCCAGUGGUGUAUCCUGGUUUUGUGCUGCCCUAGGCAGGACAAAACUCAGGCGCCCCCUCCCCCCGCACAGUCAGACGCGCACACACACACAGACGCGCGCACACACACAGUCAGACGCGCGCACACACACAGUCAGACGCGCGCACACACACAGUCAGACGCGCGCACACACACAGUCAGGCGCGCGCACACACACAGUCAGACGCGCGCACACACACACACAAAGUCAGACGCGCGCACACACACACACACAGUCAGACGCGCGCACACACACAGUCAGACGCGCGCACACACAGUCAGGCGCGCACACACACAGUCAGACGCGCGCACACACACAGUCAGGCGCGCGCACACACACAGUCAGGCGCGCGCACACACACAGUCAGGCGCGCGCACACACACAGUCAGGCGCGCGCGCGCACACACAGUCAGGCGCGCGCGCGCACACACACAGUCAGGCGCGCGCGCGCACACACACAGUCAGGCGCGCGCGCGCACACACACAGUCAGGCGCGCGCGCGCACACACACAGUCAGGCGCGCGCGCGCACACACACAGUCAGGCGCGCGCGCGCACACACACACACACAGUCAGGCGCGCGCGCGCACACACACACACACAGUCAGGCGCGCGCGCGCACACACACACACACAGUCAGGCGCGCGCGCGCACACACACACAGUCAGACGCGCGCACACACACACAGUCAGGCGCGCGCACACACACACAGUCAGGCGCGCGCACACACAGUCAGGCGCGCGCACACACACAGUCAGACGCGCGCGCGCACACACACACAGUCAGACGCGCGCGCGCACACACACAGUCAGACGCGCGCAGUCAGACGCACACAACUUUUUUUUUAAAUUUAAAUCUUCCCCCAACCUCCUUACCUUUGGGAGUGCUGGGGGGGGGUCUCUCUCCCUGGUGGUCCAGUGGCUGCAGGUCGGGUGGGCGGCGCUGGCAGGUGGGCGGCUGGCGAGGGAGCACUUCCUAUGAGCUGAGUUAUCUUCCGGCUCCCAGCCUCACUCUGCAGCCGGCGCGCGCGGGAGCUGAGCAGUCAGCUUAUAGGAAGUGCUCCCUUGCCAGCCGCCCGCCUGCCAGCGCCGCCCGCCCGCUCGGGAUGUCAGUUAGCCGCAAGGCUAACUAGGCAUAUUCCCUGGGCAUUUGGGGGGCGGUGUUUUUUGCCGCCCCCUGAAAAAUGCCGCCCAAGGCAAAUGCCUUGUUUGCCUCGUGGCUAAUACGCCCCUGCUUAAGGCCCAUUAUCUUUGGGUUCCUCCGUAUUUUGUCUAGGAACGGUUCCAGGGUGAGUGCAAACAGGAGCGGCAGGAGUGGGCAGCCUUGCCUGGUUCCAUUCUUGAUGUUAAAGCUGUCGGUUAGUGCCCCAUUCACUCGGACUUUAGCAUUUGGUUGAUGAUAGUGUUUCGAUCCACUUCAGCAUCCUCUCUCCGAUGCCGGUUCUCCAUAGCGUCUCUGUCAUAAAUCGCCAAUUCACUCCAUCAAAUGCUUUUUCUGCGUCCGUGGAUAGCAGAAGUAGUUUUUUCCUUAGAUGUUUUGCUGUAUGUUGGAUCACAAAGAGCCUGAGGGUGCAAUCUCUGGCCUCCCUGCCUUGGAUGAUAACUGUAUGGGCCGGGUGGACCAGUCUUGGCAUAAAUGUCUGCAAUCGGGAUGAUAGUACCUUUUGAGAAAAGUUUUAGGUCUGUAUUGAUGAGGGAUAUCGGGCAGUAGUUCCCUACCUGUUCUGUGUUUUUGCCCGGUUUCGGGAUCACCGUAAUCAUCACUGCCAGUGAUUCUUUAUGGAAGGACAUCCCGUCUCUUAGGCUGUUUAAUGCUGCUACCAGUUUCGGUAUCAGUUCUUCGCUGAAUUUCUUGUAGUAUUCUACCGGAAAACCGUCUGGGCCGGGUGCUUUUCUAUUCUUUGCUGUCUUCAAAGCUAGUUUGACCUACUCUUCAGUUACUGGUGCGUCUAGUGUUUCUGCUUCUUCCUGGGUGAGAGUGUCGGGAUUGAAAUCCUGCAGGUAUCUCGCUGUUUCCGUUUGUUUCUGUGCGGUGCCGGUGUCUCUGUUUAUGUCAGUGAUGUUGUAUAAUUUUGUGUAAAAGGACCUGAAUUCGUCCGCGAUUUCUUCCGGGAAUUGCGUCAGUCUGCCUUGUCUGGUUCGCAGGGUGUGUACCAGGCUUUGUUCUGCGGGACUCUUAGCAUUUGGGCGAGUAGCUUCCCUCCUUUAUUAGCAUGCACAUAGAAGGAAGCCUUUGAGCGUUGUACCUGUCUAGCGUGCUUGCGUUCUAUUAUCUUCGUGAGCUGUCUUCUUUUCGUGAUUAGGUCCCUGUAUGUCUGGUCUUGUUGAGUCCUUUUAUGCCUCUGUUCCAGGUCUGCUAUCUGUUGGGUGAGGUCUCUUAGCUGUUCUCCAGCUUACUUUUUUUUAUGUGUUGCCAUUCGUAUUCGGUUCCCCCUCAGGACGCUUUUGUGCGCUUCCUAGAUAGUCAUGUCUGACAGGUCAUCGGUGGUAUUCUCCUUAAAAUACUAACGAAUAUGAUCAGCAAUUUGCGCUCUCGUCUGUUGGUCUAGAAGAAGGGAAUCAUUGAGUCUCCAAGCCGUGCUGGUCGGGUGGUACAAGGGUGACUCCAUUUCCACUUUCACCACACUGUGGUCUGACCAGGGUGUGGGUUGAAUGUCAGCCUUCUUGAGAUAGGUGAGCCCCUCCUGCUGUAUGCAUAUGUAGUCCAUUCUGGAGUAUCGGCGGUGUAGGGUGGAGUAGUAGGUAAAGUCCCAUUCUACAGGGUGGAGCGCACGUCAUGUGUCUAUUAGCCUGAGGUUUCUGAGGGAUUUUUGAAUGGUUAUUAUAGUCGAGCUUGGUAUACUGCUUCGUCCCAUAUAUGUAUCUGACAGGGAAUCUAGUGGGACAUUUAGGUCUCGGCCCAAUAUCAGGACUCCCUCUGAGAAUUUGGCCAGCUUCAUCAGUGUUCUGUGAAUAAAGCUGGCUUGUCCCGAGUUCGGGGCAUAGAUGUUUGCUAUUGUAUAGGUUUUUCCCGGCUACAUCCCCUUUUACAGAGAGGAACCUUCCAUCGAUGUCCACUAGUUGAUCUGUAGCCGCAAAGUGGAGGCUGGCAGCGAGCAGGAUAGCUGUUCCUGUUUUCUUCAACGUGGGAUGGUUGCUAUAGAAGUUCAGUGGGUAGUGUCGAUUUUUAAGUAGUGAGUUUGCUUCUGCCCUCAGGUGGGUUUCCCGUAGGAGAGCAAUUGAGAUGUUGUCUCUUGAGGUCUCUCAAUAGGUGAGUCCUCUUUUCUGGACCCCUGCAGUUUUGUGGUGUUAUGGUCAGAGGUGCCGGGGAGUAAGCCAUUUCAGACGGUUUGCUCGCCUCGGGAAAGUGCUAUGUCUUUUUCCCCUCCCUGCGCGCUGGGGGACUGAGCCCGCUGGACCACUAGCGGCGCGUGUGGGCGAGUACGGGGGGGGGGGAUCCAACAGGCGCGGGUGCGUUGUGUGGUGGAUCUCAGUAGCUGUUUGGGGACCCAGAGGGGAGCAGAGUAAUGUGGUGUUCUUUUUCGCGGGUGGGGUUAUAUGCCUUGUUUUUUGUCGUAGUGUAUGUUGGUGAGGGUGUGUGGUCAUGUCUCUCCUUAGUUCGGGUAGAGUCCCGUGUAACUGGGUGAAUGUCCAAGGCUGUACCAUUACAUGGUAGUUACCGGAGCGGCUGCAGCCGUGGUUCCCUCAGUAGUCUUGGUAUAGCCGGGUCUAGUUCAGGUCAUGGCCCUCGCCUUGCAGGAUUGGUGAUGUUAGUGUGUCUCGUGGUGUUCAACUAGGCUCCUUGUCCGCUGGGUGUGUACCUAUAGUUGUGCACUCUGCGGUAGAGGUUAUGUGCUAACGUAUGCUCUCUGUCUUGGGUCUGUUACAUUGGUCUCUUAUUUCGUGUCGGUGCGGUCCCCUUCUCGCGGCAGCUGGGGACACCUCGUCUUGCGCCUCUCCUUGUCUUCUACUUGUAGGUGUAGGGUGUUGAGGUCAGAUGUCGGCGUCAGUCAGUGCCUUUACUUUCCCUUAUGAAGUCUUGUCUUCUGUGGGGUUUGUGCCAGUCUGUUUGUGCAGGCGGGGGGUGGGCGGGUAUCUUUCGGGUCACCAGUGUGUUGGUGGUUUAGUUAUCAGUGUAACCCUUGCUGUUCAGUGUGGGGUUUUGUGCUUGUUAGUCCUCGUGUGGACUUGUGCGGUCUAUGUUUCGUGAAGCAUAUUGUGCAUAAACAGUUUCCGACCUCCCUCCACCUCCCUCCUUGUUUCUAGAGCCUUCUCCUUUCUAACGCUCACUUUCAAUGUCUUCUGCCUUUUAUUCCUUCUCCCCCCUGUCUCAUUUCUCCCACCCAAUUUUGCUGUAUUCCCCCCCCGCUCCCUCCGUUGGCCUGCCGAUGCAUCUAUUUCUCCUGCCUGCAUCCUCUCCCGGCUUCCGGCAGUCCAAUGGCAAUGGUUAAUGCACUCCCACCCGUGAUAUUAUCGCUCCGGGCUAUGUGGUUCUUCUCCUCCACAGAGGUCUGCAUUUGUCCCCCUUCUCCCUUAACCCCCCUCCCCAAUAGCUGUUCAGCGUGUCUUGGCUAUCAUUCCCCAGGGGCGGUGAUGCCGGUCUCUCAGCAUGUGGUCUGUGCUGUGUCCCGCCGGGUCGGGGCGUGUUGGCUAAGUUUGCAGUCAGUGGUGGGCUGAUCUUGUCUAUCGCAUGUUGUGCCCCAUGGUGGGGUGUGUCUCGGUAGGGAUGAGUCUAGAGUCUUAAGUAGUCUGUCAGUGCAUAUCUAAGUGGGGUAAAAGUACUUAUCUGAGCGGGUCUUGUGGCCAUCGUCCCCAGGUGGUCGUCUGUCUGUGUCCCCUCACUGCCAUUCAAGGGGGGUCCCUCAUUGGCUUGUCGGGCCGGUGUCUCGCUCAUUCGGCGUGUUGGACCUGUGUGUCGGUGGUCUGCGCGGUGAGUUCUCUCUGCGUAUUCGAGCGGCUCUUUGCGCCAUGGGGCCAGGUCGUUGUUCAAGCGGCCCCAGGAUCCAGACGGCCACAUCCGUGUUCGGCGGGCCUAGUCUCCUCAGGAAUACCGGUACCUCAUCUGGCCAUCUCACGGGUACCCAUUCGUUCUCAUAUCUGGCUAGCAGACUAAAGGGGAAGCCCCAUUUAUAUGGUAUAUUUGGCUUCUCAAGAGUUGGGUUAUCGGCAUUGGAGCCCUGCGAGCCUCUAGUGUGAGGGGUGACAAGUCCUGGUAUAGGGCUACCUCAGCUCCCUGGAACGACCAGCUCUGCUUGGAUCGGGCUUUGGACAUAAGUUCUUUCACUUUAAAUUCAUGUAGGCAACAUAUGUCUCUGGGUGAGUUGUCAAUGGUUCUCAGUCAUGUUGCCCUGUGGGCUACGUCAAAUCUGAUAUUGGGCGGCACGUCUGGGCCCAGUCUUUCUCUGAACAAUGCGGUAAGUGUUGCCUCCAGGUUUUCCUCGAUAUGUGGCUCAGGAAGGUUGCGCACUCUGAUAAUAGAUCUACAUCCUCUAUUAUCCAGAUCCUCUGCCUGCCUUCUGAUGUGUAGGAGGAUGGUACCUUGUCGGUUAAUAGUCAGGUUAUUAGCUUCUAUGCGUCCAGUCAUCGUUUGUUCUGCGGCCUCCAGUGCCUGGAUGCCGGUGCCUUGCGCUGCUAUAUCAUUCCCAAUCAUGGCGACUUCCGCUCGGAUCGCCUCAUGAAGCGUGUCGGACGUAUUUUUCAGGUCUGCUUUCGUGACCAUAGUGCUAGUUAGGGCUCUAAUAUCUGCCCUGAUGUCCGCUAGGGACAGUGCUUGUGACUCAGUCUCCGGCAAUGUGGUCCGUCCGUCAGCCAUUUUUGGGCCCUGCGUGUCACUUGGCGGCUUUCUCUGCGUUUGGAGGUAUUCGUCCAUGGAGCCGCUUUGCGGGGUGUUCUGUUGCCACCUGGGUGUUUGGUGGGUUUCCAGGCGUUUAGUGCGCCCCAUUAGUAGAGCGUUUGCGGGUCGGAGCUCCGGAGUUAAGCAGCUGUCGCCAUCCGCAUUCAGUCCACGCCCCCCAAUCUUUUGUUUAUGUAGAAUUCUGCACUUUUUGUAGAAUUCUAUACAAUAAGCCUGCCUCCUUUGAGCCAUGCCCCUCCUGCCAGAAAGACUUCCUUGCCAAAAGUGUGUAUACAUUCUGAGUUUCGCUUUGCAUGCUUUGUGUAAUGUUAUUUUAGAGCAGUGCAAGAGCAUAACAGAACAAAAACAUCCCACGAGGGGGAAUAAAACAGAUCUUUGUUCAGUUAAUUGAUUCUAUAAGAUGGAAUAAAAUGCAUUGUUAUUCACAGCUUCUUGGGUUUUAGCCCCCUUUGUGCCUGAAAAUUCCAUUUGUAGCACUUCUGCUCUGUGUUUGUGAUUUAAUGCUUUACCUUUAAAUGCAACCAAAGACAUGUAUAGAUUUUAAAAUGAAAAACUAGGGCUUUCUUUUGAUAGCCUUUAUGUAUGCAUAGCAGAACAUUAAAAAAAUAUUCUUUAAAAAAAUAAUUGUAUGGUUUUGCUUAUAAUAAUUUCUACACAAAUUCAAAGGGUAAGUAUUUAAAGUGACCAUGGUUUAUGGAGUCUGUAUUUGUGAUAAUUCGCUUUGAAAUAUACAUGAAGAGUACAUACAUAUAGAUUAACCCCUUAGUUGCCCGAGGUGUAACUUCACUUGCCCGAGGUGUAACUUCACUUCCAACAGUGUCAUAAGCCAGCUCAGAACACAGCUCUUAACUGGUUAUUUUCAAUUAUGUGCAAUGUACCAAUGGUGAUAUUAAGAUCUGGCACCAGCAAUAAAAUAAAUGUAUAAUUAAAGGCAAGUGUCAAGGGUAAUCCUGAAGAUACAGAGGGCAUAUGAAAAGGAAAACCAAAAGAAAAUAAUGACAGGGCAGAUUUAAUAAAAUUAGGCAUGCCUAUUGUUACAGAAACAAACACUAGAAGGAUUUGUUCUGUGUCUCGUUUAACUUUGUUUAUUGAAAUUACAAUUAUUAUGUUAUUUAUAUAGCGCCAUCAAAUUCUGCAGCGCUUUACAAUGGGUGGUCGAACAGACAUGUAGUUGUAACCAGACAAGUUGGACACACAGGAACAGAGGGGUUGAGGGCCCUGCUCAAUGAGCUAACAAGCUAGAGGGAGUGGGGUAAAAUGACACAAAAAGGUAAGAAUAGUAUCAGACUAGUGACAGUUGCAGAAGAGGAAUCAGUCGGGAGCUAUUAACAGUUUAAUUGAUACGCUUUUAUGAAGAAGUAUGUUUUUAAUGAUUUUUUUGAAGUCGUGGAGACUGGGUGAGCAUCUAACGGAGGAGGGAAGCAAGUUCCACAGGAACGGUGCAGCCCUCGAGAAAUCUUGAAGGCGAGCAUCAGAGAUGGGAGUACGGACAGAAGAUAGACGUAAGGGCUUAGACGGGACAUACUUCUGUAUAAGGGAGGAUAGAUAGGUGGGAGCAGCAAUUAUGUAGCGAUUUGAAAGCAAGAACCAGAAUGUUAAAUUGAGCUCUAUAUUUUAUAGUAAGCCAAUGUAGGGACUGACAGAAGGGUGAGGCGUGGGAGGUGCAGGCGGACAGGAAGAUGAGCCUCGCUGCCGCAUUCAUUAUGGACUGUAACGGCGCAAGUUGGGAGCACAUGGGAGCACGUAAGACCACUGAGAAGCGGAUUACAGUAGUCAAGGCGAGAAAGGACAGUGGAAUGGACCAACACCUUAGUCGCAUCUAGCGUUAAGUAGGGGUGGAUGUGCGCAAUGUUUUUGAAAUGGAAAUGACAGGAUUUGGCGAUAGAUUGAACACGAGGCUUGAAGGAGAGGUCGGAGUCAAAGAGAACACCUAGGCUGCGAGCCUGCGUGAUGGAGCUGAUGGUAGCACCGUUGACUUGGAGGGAGACAGACACAGGAGUAGCAACACUUGAGGGAGGUAAGACCAGAAUUUCAGUUUAGUUCAAGUUUAGUUUAAGGUAGUGGGCAGCCAUCCAGUUAGAAAUAGCAGAGAGGCAGUCAGAGACACUAGUCAAGAGGGACGGGGAGAGAUCAGGAGAGGACAGGUAGAUCGCGUUUCAUCUGCAUAGAAAUGAUAUUGGAAGCUAAAGUUGCUAAUGUAGGAGGAUGGUAGGGAGGCAGUAUAGAUGGAGAACAGUAGGGAACCAAGGACUGAACAUUGGGGGACACCAACAGAGAGGAGUUGGGGAGAAGAAGCACAGCCAGAGAAAGAAACACUGAAAGAGCGCUGGGAGAGGUAGUAGGAGAACCAGGAGAGAGCAAUAUCUUGUAGACCGAUAUUGCGGAGGAUGAGAAGAAGCUGUUGAUGAUCAACAGUGUCAAAACCCGCAGACAGGUCGAGGAGAAUUAGGAUAGAUUAGUGACCACGAGAUUUUGCAGCGAGUAGAUCAUUGGAUACUUUGGUCAGUGCCGUUUCCACAGAGUGCUUAGCGUGGAAACCAGACUGAAGCGGUUCUAGCAGAGAGUUGGACUUUAGGAAGUCUGUCAAUCUCGCAUACACAAUUCUUUCAAGGAUCUUGGAUUCAAAAGGCAGUAGCGAGAUAGGACGAUAGUUGGAUGGGGAGUUAGGGUCAAGGUUGGGCUUCUUUAGAAUUGGGGUUACAGUUGCAUGUUUGAAGGGCGAUGGAAAUAUACCAGAGGGGAGAGAGAUUGAGAAUUUUAGUGAGAGGUGGAUAAAGAAAAGACGGAUGAGAUGCGAGGUAAUUGGAUCUCGGGAGCAGGUGGUGGGGCGGGAGGACUGGAGCAGAGCGGAAACCUCUUCCAAUGUAGCGGGUACGAAUGAACCUAGAACAGCAGAGGGAGUGAAGUUAGGGGAAGUAUUGUAAGGGGAAGAAGAAAGAUGAGAUCUUUUUCCUGAUUGUAUAGAUCUUGUCAGUGAAGUGAGUUGCAAUGUCUGAGGCGGUCAAGUUAGUAGGUGGUGGAGGAACUGCAGGGCAAAGAAUAGAGUUAAAUGUGUGAAAUAGUCGUUUGAGUUCACGGGAGAGUGUGGUUAUGAGGGUAUUGAAGUAAUUGAAGCUGUAUGAGCUCAGCAUAAAUUUAUAGUGGAGAAAAUCAGAUGCACAGUGAGACUUUCUCCAACCGCGUUCAGCAGUUCUGGAGCAUUUUUAAAGGUAUCAAGUGAGCUUGGUGUGCCAAGGUUGUUGUUGUCGGCGCCUGCGGCGUUUAAGUGUACAAGGUGCCAUGAUGUCUAGUUGAGAGGAGUGUGGAAUUGUAGAAGGAAGUUGCAGAACUAGGACAGGUGAGGUUUGAGAUGGGUAAAAGGAGAGUUUGGAGAUUAGUGGAGAAAUGCUCUAGUUCAAGACAUUGGAGGUUUCUGUGAGAGUGAUGUUCAGACGGUGGUGUCAGUUGGGUCUUGGGUAUACCACUGAAGUGGUAGAGGUUAACACAGUAAAGGAGUUUAAGCAUGCGUGGGAUAGGCAUAAGGCUAUCCUAACUAUAAGAUAAGGCUAGGGACUAAUGAAAGUAUUUAUUUAGAAAAUUGGGCAGAUUAGAUGGGCCGAAUGGUUCUUAUCUGCCGUCACAUUCUAUGUUUCUAUGCCAAUGUCAGAGGAAAAGGAAUAUUGGAGAGAUUAGAGGCAGUACAGAGGUUGGUGAAGGUGAGAUCAAGAGUGUUUCCCCCUGUAUGGGUUGCUAAAUUGGACCAUUGCGUAAGGCCAAAGGAGGCGGUUACAGAGAGCAGACGAGAGGCAUCAGUACAAUUAGGGUAUUCAGUAACAAAUGUUUGAAACAAAAAGCAGAUACUCAAAAUAAUUUGACUUAUUAGUCCUGGAAGGCUAUAUACCCGGUAUUUCAAAUAUUAUUUAACAAAUAAAAAAUAAAAACACAUUUAUUACUUUUUAGAUUACUGAGAUCUUCACGAGAAGAGACGCAUUGUGUCCUCAUCCUUUGAAAAUGAAAGGUCUUCAAAGUCUGGCAUUAUCACUCAAAGUGUGAAAGCGCCUCUUGUAGUUAUGUCUCACAUCCACUAGAAGUAUUUUUUCACGGUAUUUUGUUUGUGCAAUUUUCAUAGAAGUGACAUUUUCUCUUUCACACACAUUUAUUUAGUUAAUGAAAACGUGAAAACUGUAUAAAAAAAAUAACUGCCUUCUUAAGCAUGUCUCCAACAUUUACAUUUUUAGACAUUGAAGAAUUAUUGUCUUCACUGAAAGAUAUUGAACACACCUUGCUGGACUCUCAAAGUCGAGACGACAUUUAUUUACUGUUACAGCUGGUUCAGAAUGUAGACUUUCAGAAUGCCUUCAAGAUCCAUAAUGCUGUGGCCGUGCACAUGAACAAAGCCAGUCCCCCAUACCCACUUAUUCCUAAUUCUCAAGAGCUAACACAAGAGGUAAGUGUAUGCACUUGGGUUGUUGUGUGAAGAGUAUUUGUAGCUUGUUUUGAUUCUAGUGUCUACUGCUUUACUGUGUAACUAAAUCGUCAAAUUGUGUAGAAAAAUGCUUGGUGUGUGGCAAAGAAUUAUGUUUAAUGGAAUUUAUUAUACCUAGCCAAAUUUUUCCUAACUUAACCCACUUAUUUAAAUCCUCUUUAAUAGAGAUCAGUUUAAGAUUUGUAACAGAUGGUUGGUUGGUGGUCUAGAUUUUUUUUUUUUUUUCUGCAAUUGAAACCGAUAUUUUCAGUGUUUUGACCUUAAUAAAUUUAGAGGCUGGAAUGCAAUUAAAACUUUUUUUUUUUUUUUAAAUCUCAGGCAUUCUUUUCUUUGUUAUGAACAUAGACUUGAUUGGGGCUAAGAAUCAAUCAGUAAUUAUCAGACCUAUAGAAACAGGAAGGUAUUCAGCGCUUUUCCAGUACUGAUACAGUCCAAAGGGCAGCUAAAUCCCCACAACCGGGGUCUCUCAUCUCUUAGAGAAGCAGAUAACAACACAGGGGGUGGUGUAGUGCCUGACAUGUCUUUGGAAUUCAUAUAAUAAAAAGGGAGAAAUUGAGAGCUGAUAGCAAAGUCACAUUUCCCAUAAGUAUCAAGUACAAAUAAAUACACUUUUUUGGAAGCCAAGAUGUAGCUCCAACUUGAAUGCCUGGGCGGAAUGAUCCCCGCCUAAGAAUAUGGUUUAGUAUAGACUCUUGUCGAAUAUUCUUGUGGUGGAAAUGACUCUCGUAGAUAUGUGGGAGAGCUAAAAGGUGUAUAGUGCAAUAUGUCAAGUUCAAUAUAAAAAUAAAACUGAUAAAAGGUGUGCAUUCACGUAUUCUGGAGCUUAGAAAGCGGCUCCGCAGGUAUAGCGUUGAGUGGUAUGAUCCCCACUCUUGAAUAUCGGUGGUGAUGGUCUAUCUCUGAUAAUAUAGAUAAAAGAAGAUAAAACCAAAAAAGUGUACACUGUAUGGAGUGCAGAAUAAAAUGAAAUAAAAUCUACUUACAUUUAGUAGAACAAAUAAGGAUUGGUCUGUCCAUCAGGCGUAGGUGGUAUUAUCCCCACCAAGGAUUCAGGAAUCCAGCAGGAAAAUACUCUUGUUGAUAAAAAAAAAACUUCAACUAUAAAAAGUUAGAGUAAAAAAGCUAUAUAAAACAAUAUUAUGAUGCACUUAACACAUUUCACCAUUUAUGGCUUUAUCACUUUUGAUAAAGUUUAAGUGCAAGUUGCAGCACCUUGUGCAGAGGUAAUAUUCUGCUGUUUCAUAAUCCAUGUAUGCUACUUGAAAGAUGCAUUUUGAGGAAAUGGUUGUAGUGCUAUGCGGGUGCCAACUUGUUUUAUAGUAGGCGGGUUGUAACCCAUUUAUUGGCAACUGUAAGUAUGGACAGUCCAUUAGCUUUAUAUAUGUACAAAAUUCCAGUACUAUUAUUUGGAAUUUUGAAAUGUCUCCCCCUUAAGACUCCUAUAGUGGAUACAAAGAACAUUAGCACUGCAAUUAUUUAUUUUUGUUGAAAAUAAUUGCUUCAGAAGGUCGGUUGAAUGCUUUCAGAAGAGCCGUGGUUGUUACAUGUUGGGUCUGUGUGCAUAGUUUUUUUGAGUUUGAGGUUAAAAAAACUGUGCGCUGGUUUUUUAAAAGAACACUCUGGACAUAACUUAAUUGGGAUUACUUUGUUGGUGCCAGGAAGUAACUGGCGCACCAGCUUACCUUUAGAGCUCCAAAGUCUUCAAUCCAGCACGGUAUUAUUCUCAAGUCAUUUUUUUGAAUGGGGAACUACCAAUUGGCUUAGGGUGUCACCUGACACAGUAUAUCAGCAGCACCCCUGUCUGAGGCUUCCUCUUUCAAGAAUCAAAGAGAAGUAGGAUAGGGGCAGAGAUAAACACUGGAUUCAGGAUUUUGGAUUUAAACUGUUAAUGAACUGUUUAACCCCUGAAGAUAAGUCUGCUCCAGGGACCUUCAAGCACCAUAACAACUUAAUUCUGAUUAAAUUGUUAUGGUGCCCUCAGUGUUCCUUUAAGCCUUGCUGAGUUUGGUAAGGGGCUGGCAGUACAUGUUCUGGAGUAAUGUCUGCAAAGCUAUUAAAAUCCUUGCAAAUGAUUUAGUUUUGCACUAAGUUGUUACUUUUAUUAAAUUGCAAAACGUGCUAGUGUAUAAACGUCAUUAAUUUGCAUGCUACGUUUAAAAAUCUGGCAUGGAAGGCUGUCUUUAGUGUCUCUGUGAAAUGUAAUUCACUCCUCCCCCUUCCAAAUUGGACAAACGUCUGAAAAACGUUUGUCCACUCUAACCAUGGGGUACUAAUGUAAGUGACUACCAGAACUAAGCCCCUGUAAGGGUUAUCACUAAAGUUAGAGUUCAAUGUGAAGUUUAACUUUAAGGCCAGAGUAGCUGACUUAGAGAAUGUUACAUUGAAUUUGAAAUUCACUUUGAAUUCUCACUUUAGUGAAUUACCUUGUAGGUAUUCAAAAUAUCUUAUCCUUAGAAUGUAAGCCUUUCAUAUUUUGUCCUCUUCUUUCCUUUCCUCAGCCAGUGCUGAUGUUAACCUUUGAAAAAAUGCUACACAUAAAGAAUAAUAUCUUAACUGCUGAUUUGGGCUUCUUUACAUUGUAUAUUCUUAUUUUUAAAAUAUUUUACCAGGAAAGAUACAUUGCAAUUUCUUUCGUUUUCAAGUAUGUCCUGGGUCCACAAAACAUUGCAUUGAUACAUUGUGGUACAAUAAAAUACAAAAACAAUAUUAAUACACAAUAUAAACAAAAUUUAACAUAGAACAGGUAGGAAAUAUAUAAUCAACCAUGACUCGUGCAUUCUGUUUUGAGGUAUGUAGAGAGGGAUCUCUUUAUAGGCUUGGGGAAGAUUUUAAAGUGUGAGGGAGGUCACUCCACAGUUGCGGCGCUCUGUAGGAGGAGGAGGAUCGGGCUGCUUUCUUUUUGUAUUGAGUUUGACUAAAUAAAGUGCUGGUUAUGUAUCGGAGGUUAUAGGAGGUGGGAACAGCUGAGGAGAGCAUUUUGCUCAGGUAGGGUAGGAGUUUCCCAGAAGAGCUCUUAAACGCAAUAUAAUAACAUAGGCUGAAAAGAGACUUGUGUCCAUCAAGCUCAGCCUUUCUCACAUUUGAUUUUUGCUGUUGAUCCAAAAGAAGACAAAAAACAAUUCUGGAGCACUUCCAAUUGUGCAACAAACUAGGAAAAAUUACUUUUUUUAGUGCUGAGGUAAACUGACUUCUAAUGACACUACAGCAAUAUACAUAAAGAAAACUUCACUUUGCAUUUCUCAGAUAUUACACUGUUUUUGUAUAAUGGUUAAACAAGCUUGAUCUACAACCUGAUAGCAGAAGAUAAUAGCAGAUUGAAUAGUGAAAAUAAGAGAUUUGCAUUGACCGUUUAAGAGUUGAGACUUGAGGGAUAAGCAUGUUUAAAACGUAAUAUAGGUUAUCUAGGUUAGUGUGAAGAGUGCCUUUCCAGGAGGCCACAGCAUAAGUUUGAUGUUAAAUUGGUACCUAACAGUCUAGAUGCUAAACAAGUAUAAGAAUCCAUAAGAAAAAUGUACCAACAGACUACAUUUGUAUUAAACAAGAAGCAGUCACAAAAACCAACACCCUUUGGGAGACUUUUUUCCUCCGUUUGACCACAUGUGCAGGCUAGCACCCAGCUCAGGAGGAUUACCCUGCAAUGCCCAGUUGAUGCUGUAUAGUUAAAUUUUCAGCUAGGGAGAUAGCCAUUCUGAUGUUCCAGGCACUGGACAAAGUCCCAGGUAUGGCCCGGAGGACCUAAGCCUGGAGAUUUGGAUGACCAUCCUGUAACCUCCGUGAGCAUAUUAAUUUCAGUUGCCUUUUUCGAGCCUGCAUGCGGGUUGGAAAUGCUGACCCCUCUAUAACAGGCGGUAAGCUCUGGGUCACUUUCCUUCAUAUUUCACGUUGCCGCGAAGAAUGCAAGCGGGUGUGCAAUCGUCUCCAAAAAUCGUCAAAGUGCAGAUUGAGCCUGAUAAGAGUUGUGGAGAGCAUGUGGUGUCUGCCAUUAGAGUAGCUUGCUGACUUUGUGUAGCUGUAGAUCAGCACCAUGUUGUAAUGUAGUUGUGGCGUCAAGCAUCCAAGAAGUGGACCAGCAUCACCCCCACCUGUCAAGAGGGUGUGAAACGGGGCAACAGAAAGAUUCGGUGUGGGUCCAGACCUUUGCAGACUGAGAGCAGUCACCUCUCCGUCUGAGGCUGCUAGGCCGCACUACCACCGCUGGUGGCCUCUGUGGCAAAUACGGCUCCCUGCCACUCUUGAUUGAACCUGCCAGGUCAGGGCUUCGGUGAGUCUCCACCAGGAUCAGAUUUGGAGUACUGGAUGGCUCAAAGCAAGGCUAAGGAAAGGCUGCAUGAGGAGCUCAAACAUAGCACGUCUGGUCACCAUGAAUGUCAGGCCUGGCCCGGAAAAAAAUGACUUCUUGAUCCCAGAAUGACAAUCAGAUAUCUCCUUGGAUCAUGAAGCUAUAACCCCAUUAAAUUAAAAUUUGUAACCCUGUAUAUUAUGUUUUUGCAAGUAUUAUCCAAUUGCUAUUUAAACAUCUGUAUAGACUGAUAAAACCACCUCUUCAGGCUGAAAAUUCCACAUCCUUAUUGUUCUUACUGUAAAAAACAAAACAAAAACUUUUCUUUGCCUUAAACUAAAUCUCCUUUCUUCCAGUCUAAAUCCAUGACCUCUUGUCUAUGUUUAGUCUUGUUUAUGAACAGAUUUCUGGACAAUAGUUUGUAUUGGCCAUGAAUAUAUUUGUAUAAUGCUAUCAUAUCCUCGUUGAGGUGCCAUUUUUCCAAACUUAAGAGAUUUAAAAUUGUUAACCUCUCUUCAUAAAUAAAAUUCUCUAUUUCUUUUAUCAAUUUUGUAGCCUGCCUCUGCACUUUUUAGGUUCCCAAAAUUGCAUUGCAAUAUGUAUAUAAGCUUACAUUUAAUUGUACAAAAGACAUCACAUUUUUUGUUAGUCAAGAUUCUAUUGCAAGGUAUAUAUUUGCUAUGCUCAGAUUAGUAUGGGAUAAACUAAGGUGGCUUCUUUAUUUAGUUAUGAAACUAUGCUGAGCGAGGAAAGUAUCUUUUGGAUGUCAAAGUUUAACUUUUUAUAUUAUUGCUAGUUUCUUAUGUAUGUUAUCUGUGUUUCUUUUACUAAAGUAUUGCUUAGAUGCCCCAGCAUAUGAAAUAUUACACACGAAUUCUUAAAAAAAAAAAAUGUUUUAAAUUGUAUUUAUUUUUUUUAAAUGGCGUUAUUAGCAACAAAACUCUUGGUCUUUGCUGUAGCCACUUGGUAGCUUACAUGAGUUUAUACCCCCAAAUCACUCUGUAUCUGUCGGAAAUAUCUGACAGUAAUAAAGAAUGUUUGUUUUUUCUCUAAACACUGGGCAAAUUAAAUCCUAGUGUGCUUGGAAACAGCUGUUAUCUGUUUCCAGAACUGCAAAUCAGUGCUUUUUGUUUUAAUUUUCUCCAGAAAACUGUGUAGGCAUUAUUAGUUUAAAGUUUUAUUGUUUUUCUUUUUUUUUUUUUAAUUAUAGUGCAUGUCUUGUGUUUCAAUUUCUUGUCAUUACGAUUAGCUAGCCCGACAGCCUAACUGUAACUAAAGCUUCCUCUUCAGUCCAUAUCUUGUUUGGAAUUAUAUAUUUUACAGUGCUCUACUCUGGAAUUAAAGUUAGCAACAAUUUGUGGAUGCUGAAUAUUAUACUGCUACAUUUUCUUUUCCAUUUGUAUAAUGUACAAAUAGUUCUACUACAAGAAUAUCAAAGUUACAAUUCUAACAGGAAACUCCCUAGAUUUUCACAUACUGGUAUUUUAUUGAUAUUUUUGUUUUGAUUUACUAUUUUGUAUUGGUUAUGUUCAUAUUUUGCUACAUCUGGCUUUUCUCAAACUACUGCAUCGCCUCUGUGCAUUGGAAUGCAUAUCUUUGCCCAGUAGACCUCUAUAGAUUAUAUAUAAGCUGCAAAAAGGUGCACUUUAUAUAUUGGAUACAUCUGAUAUGUAUAUAUAAAUUUGUUCUACUGUGUGCUCUUGUGCUAUACUUUUUGUGAAAGAAUAAAAUGAUACCUGAACAUUAUAUUAGGUACUUUAAUAUGUUUCAUUAAUUUUAAUAGGUGCAACAUGUUUUAAAGGCAAGCCAUCAAAAAGAAAGCCACGAACUAAAUGCAAUUCUAAAUGGGCCACAUAUUCAGGUAAGACUCGUUUUGUUAUUUAUUUAUUUAUUUUUUUGGUUGUGCACGAGAAUACAGCUAACAUAAAAUCUUGCCAUGCCACAACAGCAGUAGCAAGCCGGUAAAAAAACAAAUCAUUGUCAUGGCAUACAAGUAAAACAGCACAGGUUUUUUGUUAUAUUUGGAUAUUCAGGCUAAACAUGCAUUAAUAGGUAGAGUUAGCAACACAAUAGACAGGCCAAUAUGCAUGAAUAAGACAGUGGAAGGGUCAUUAUGCUGGAUCUAUAUGUAACGCAUAGGCUUAAUAAUACAGGCUAGGGCCAGGGGUAGGCAACCUUUGGCACACCAGAUAUCUUUGACUACAUCUCCCAUAAUGCUCUUACAGCCACAAUGCUGGCAAAGCAUCAAGGGAGAUGUGGUCCACAACAUCUUGGGUGCCGAAGGUUACUUAACCCUGGGUUAGGCUAUAAUAAUAAACACUGAGUAAUAGUGGUGCCACUGGGUACUUGUCAAAACUGGAAAUGCAUUGUAGUAGGAGACCCUGUAAUUAAUACCAGGAAAGUGGGUAUAGUUAAAAUAGGGUCCAUGCCAUGCAGGAUCUAGCCAAUGCCACAAGUAGGCCUCAAUUGACAUACAAUCUCAAAGCAUGUCAUGCUGUCAACACUCGCCCACACACAGUCCCGCAAUAACAGCCAGGUGGCAGGCAGAUGAGCAAUCGAGGGUCUGCUUGAUUCGGAGAUUGCAACUCUCUGAGCCAAAGCCAUAUGUGGACUCCGCAUCCAAAACUGAGGGGACCUCCAUCUCCGCAUGAACAUGGAUUCUGGGACGUCCUAGUGCUCACCAAAGGUUUUUAAAGACCUAAUAAUCUAUACUUCCAUGUAUUGCAGGGUUUAAUGCCCACUGUCUUCAUAGACCAGAAUACAAUAAAAUGAAUGUAUUCUUGCUGGUGUUCAGGCAGUUUAGCAAAAGCUCAUUACCUGUGAGUCUAGACCUAUGACUUCUGUGAUUAUCUACUCUACAUGUUAACUAUAUCCCUAAAUAUUCUCUAAAAAAAUAUAUAAAAAUUUGUGAAAUCUGUAGACGUUGAUAAAACCUCUUUAGCCACAUGUUCCACAUCUGAUGUAGAUGGAAAUCUAAUUUCUUCAAAUCCUUAUGAGUGACUUUUUGUCAUUUGUGCAUUCAUGUUAAUGGACAGGUUGCCAAAGACCUGUUUGAAAGAUUUGAUGUAUAUCAUUGACAUAGCCAGUACAGAAUCAGCAGCUACAAUACUUAGAUAUUUUUCCUAACCAACAUAAACAAACAAAACCUGUUUAGCCUGUUUUUCUUUAUUUCUUUUUUUUUCUUUUGUAAACAUAAAUGAUUACAUUUGUUAAAAAAUAAUAAUUUUAUAUAUGUGUUGCAUCUCUUCGCUUACACUUAGCUGUAUUCAUUCAGAGAAACAACUUCUGUGACCAAAACCUAUGUAGGGAAUGAGUUGAUGUGCAUUCACAAAUCCUGACAUUAUGAGCAAGCAGCAACACAGUCUUUAUAAGCAUUUUAUAAAGAUGUAUUUAAAAAAACAAAACAAAAACAAAAAUAUGUAUAUAUGUAUAAAAUAAAUUAAAAUAGAUAUGUACUACGGUUUCUUUAUAACUGUAACACCUAUCACCACUAUACAAAAAAGAAAGAAAACCAAUAAAUAUUUAUAUAUAUUCUUUUUUUGUAUACUUGUGAUGGGGGUUAGAGUUAUAAAGAAGCCGUAAUACAUAUAAUAAUCUAACUCCCCAGGUAAUUGCACUUCUAUUUUAUGAGUGGUUGUAUUUCGUCAUUUUUAAUAUAUGACGAAACCAUAUAUAUAUAGUUUUUUUUAAAGGAAUAAAUACUGGUUAUCACACGGCAUUUAAAACUGCUCAUCUGAGAAACCUGCAGGUCAAGUGUUUUUGCUUUUAAAAUGGUGGCCUCCUGAUUUGUGUUUGACACUUUAGUUAUUUUGACUCUAAUAUAACCUUUAGUUAAUGAUGUGUAUUGAUUUGGUUGAGGACAUGACGAGAAACAAAUGUGCAAGAUUUUAGUCUACUUUGCCCACUUUUUAAGAAAAACAAUGGAAUACUGUGCACACAGUUCAUUUUGUGUCCACAAGCCUAUGUUCAACCUGUAUAUUGGUUUCUAAUCUGUAUUUGAUGUGAACAAAAUAUAACAACUAUUUUAAUUGUCACGUUCACUUCACUUCCAGGGGUUUUUGCUUAAGAUUCUUAUGACCUUGCCGGAUUGAUCACAAUUCUGUUUAUCACCAUAGCUUGAUAUUCUGAAUGUGUUUACUGCAAUGUGUUACUUUCAUGUUUGUUUGUUUAUUUUUUUUCCUCCUAUCUUUAUUAGGCACUUCUUUUAGCACAUGACAAAAUUGCAGAGCAAGAAAUGAUGCCAGAACCAGUAUCCGAAGAGAGAUUUUAUGAAACUAUUGGGCAGUAUGGAGAAGAAACUGUUAAAAUCGUUAGAAUAGAGAAAGCUAGAGAUAUUCCAUUGGUAAGUAAGCUAAAGCAUUUGAUUAGACUUCAGAAUCAAACACCGCAAAAUUAAGCAUCUUGCAUCACAGAUAGAAAAAUGGAUUGGUACAAAGGCAAACAUGAGUCGUUGAUGGCCAGGCAACCUAUGUAUUAAUUAGCAGGCAUCUAAAUUCUACAUUUAGAUUAUUAUUGCAGUGUAAUUACUGCAAGUUCAGCCGUGGAGCAUAGUGGGUUUUUUUUAAGACUGACUUGAUGAGAAAACUGCCAAAGUCUGUCACAUGCUAACUGAAAGCAAACACUGCUAGCUAAAACCAUGUGGGGCACUGCUACCCAAACACUGAAAUGCUGCAGUGGUAAGUAUGCUUUUUUUUUUUUUUUUUUUUUUUACUUUUGUCCACUGCACACCUCACCUCAGCAAAUAAUUAUAAAAUGCUUACCAGUGUGAAGGAUUGAGUAGCUGAAUAUAUAAGAGUGACAAUUCUUCAGUAGUGUUAAUUUUGUUUUGUUUUUUUGAGGAGCGGGGGUGAAGAAUUGGGAAGAUGAUGUAUUUUAGCUGGUCAGACCGUUUGCUGAUGAAGGGAAAGCUCCUUAGACUAGAAAUUCUCAGUAAGUUGUUUGUGGGUUAUUGUUGUGUUCAACCACCUCCUUUGUGCUUAGGAGCUGUUGGAGACAACUUGAUAUGCGUUGGGAGCGUUUGGUAAAGGAGGGUUGCUGAGAUCUGGAAAAUAAACCAUAAUGCAAAAUGGCAGCUACUUCAUAUAAAGUAACAGCUUCUCAGACCUCUACAAUUAUAAAUUAAGAAAUGUCCUUUCACUUGUCAAUCUUAUAUCCUUUAUUGCCUUUACAUGCUGUUAAGUAAUCAUGAAUUCAAUACAUUGUAAAACUAGUUCAAUAGUCGUAUUAACUAAUGCAGUUUUACACAUUUCAAUGACAUUUGAAAGGUUAUUUGCUUAAUGUGGCAAUCUUGAUUUGAAACAAAGGCUCCAGGGAGAGUGCAAUCUAUAAAGGGAAAGUAGAGAGCCAAAAUAGUACAAUUAAAGGUUUGGGAACCCCCUGUGACAUAGGCCAAACAAAUAUGGCCACCUCACCCUGUCAAACACCUUCUCUGCAUCCAAUGAUAGAACCAUUGAAGGCGUUUUGCCAAGACUUUUCAUUGAGCUGCAUUGGGAAGUCGACAAUUGGACAGCCACUGAAUGUCUGGGCAGGGUUAGAGGGGGCUUCUGAAACUUUUUGCUUGUUUUGUUUUCCAUUUUUGUUUGUUUUUUAAAAAUAGUUGCAUUAUGUUUUCCAAAAUGAUACAUAACUAGGAACAAACUCUGUAAAAACAUAAAAUGUGAUAAAGCCUGAGGAAGAAUCACAGCUAUGUAAACAUUAUGUUGAUGGAAUCCAGCUUUACUGGUAUUUGUGAAACCCAUAUUUAUCAUCAAGGCGAUCUCCUCGGUGCACAAUCUCCUCAGAGUUUCCAGAAAUCAGUCACCAUGGGGGGCAAAAGAAUGCACCUUCAGUGGAGAGAUGACGCUAAGUAAUACUUUAAAGAACUAGUACACUGGGUAUAUUGGGGGCAUGAUUUUCUGUAACCUAACUGGAGUUGGCUUUCAGCAAUGGCAGGGGUCUGUAGCAGUGGGGUAAAGUGAGGUUCUGUGAUGGGUAAGCAAUAAAGAAACAAUGUUGGGAUAUGCCGUGCAUGGUUUGUCAGAUUGUUACUUUGCAACAGAGGUAUGUGGACCACCUAGGAGUAAGUGGAUAUAUUUCUGAAGGGUAUGUAGGAUUACCCCCAAUUUCGUAGGUGUUCCACUUACUUAUGUCUUUUGGUUCCAUUUAUUAUUUUUAUCUGGUAUUUCUGAAGGUGUAACCAAAUUUGCUCAUGAAAGGAUUUGAUGUUGGGGCAGAUUACUGAUUCCAGGUGAGAAGGCCACGAUGAUCAGCGUUUGCUUAGUUAUUUUAGAUGGAAUAGCAUAUGAUGUAGAAAUUUUAUUUAAUAUUUAUUUCCAAUAUCUUUAUUGAAGACAGGCAGAACUACGGUAAUAAGUCAUACAUAGACACAGCCAAAAUAGUAUAAUAGUAAGGACGUUAUCAAAUGUGAUACAUUGACCAGAGAUCUUGUUAAAAUAGAACCCCAGUACAGUGUUAAUUAAUUUGUGCCUUAGAUACCUAUAUAUAAAAUUUAUGAACUAUCUUGACCCACUCAUGGACAAAUAGAAUAAGAAGGGACCAAUUUGGUAAUUUGUUUGACCUUGCGUUCCUUAUUGUGGGUCAUUUCCACCCAAAUAUUGUGAAAAAAAGUUAAUACAUGAUUAAUUCCAAAGAAAGUGUGUGUGGGGGGGAAAUCUCCUUAUUCCAUUUGGCAAGUAUACUUUCUUGCCAGCUGCAACUAAAGUUAAAGAGCUACUCCACUUCCCAAAUACAAAAUAAAUAAUCACUCUUUAGUAGAUAUACCCCAUAUGAAAACUUGCAUGCGUUAAAUAAUGCAUUUCUUCAUUGAAGUAUAGCUAAAACAAAAAGUAAAGUAAAACAAUGGGUCCUGUCAUUGAACAUGUGCUGAAGAGUGCCCACUCUGCUGUCAUUGUUAAGUGGAGCUUAAAAACAUCUCUGCUACGUGUUAGCCAAACGUAUAUUUUGGUAUAGAAGGGGACACUACUACUAUCUCGGGACAACCCUGCUUUAAACUUUAAUAAGGAAGGUAAAUAAGCUAUAUGCAAAAUUCAGAAGUAAAUCUUUAACAACAUUUUUAUAUUUAUUAAAAUAUAUUUGUAUAAAUAUCUCCAUCUCACAAGAAUCUGUAAUAUUAGGAAUUGUGUAGAAAAACAUUUUAAAAAAUGAUUUUAAAUGUCAAAGACCUCCAGACCACGUCUCCUAUUGCCUUUGUACUAGAUUAGAUAAAUGUAGAAUUGCUAGGUAGCACCAUACCAAUUGCUCUCAUGAUUCUUUCAACAGUUUUUAUUUUAUGGUUCAUUGAAAAUGCCAAACCACAUUUUAAACGAAUCUGAGUAUAUAGUUCAUAACCUAAUUGUAUGCCUCAAGUGUCACAGAUGUCAUACAAAAUUUAUUCAAAAAGGUCUUUUGUACUUUUUUGUAAAAUGUAUUCAAAAGCACAAAAGGCCACUAUCCCGUGUGACAAAUGUACAUCCAUUAUCAUAAACUCCAGGUUUAUGCAGCUGGAAAGCUGAAAAUAAUUUUCUUGCUGUAGCUAUAAUCAUUUGGAGGACUUAAUUUUACACUAAAUAGUCUACAAUAGGACUAGUACACUUCACUUGGGGGGAAAAUAAAUCUGCAAAUCUUUCUCAUCUCAGAAUUUGUGCCACUUUGAGCCGGACUCUCCCGCGUUUUUUCCUUUACAUCCGAUAUGUCUUGUUGCAACUGAUUGCUUUUUAAUUCACAUAGUAUAGAGCGUUGUGAAAUAUGUUGUUACUUUACAAGUAACAAUCAUUUUCACUAAGAAAAAAUGAUUCAAGGCACACCUACAUUUUGCACCUUCAUCAACAACUUGUAAAUGUCAUAUACGCUUGUUUGUUUUAAGAGAUAUCUUCAGAUCUUCCCAGGUGGGAAAUUAUUUAUUUUAACACACUUCUUUAAAAGCUAUACUUCAAGACUGUAAACAACCUUUUAAAGGGAAACUAGUGCCACCAAACAGUUUUUUCCUGCAACUAUAGCCCCCUUUAGUGCCCCUCUCUACGGGGGUAGUGCUGAAGAGGUUAAAAACCUUAGUCCAUUGCCAAUGUCCCUCGGGUAUUUUUACUUUAUCAUACUUUUCUUGUCUUACUGAUAUUGGGAUGUAACUUCUUAUCCCCGCAUACUGAUAUCCGGUAGUGAACACCAUGCAGCAACGUAGCAUAGGGAGACUUACGUAUCCAGUAUAUCAUGCAAAAAUGUGUACUUUGAAGUAUAUUCCCUGAUGGUCCAGCAGCUGCAGCAUAACCAGUGCACACAUGGCUCUCGCUGUUCCUAUAUGGUCAUCAACAAGCCUGUAUGAAUUAAAUUGUCAUUCAGAUGUUCUCUAGCCCACUGAAGAAAUGCAAGAGCAUUCUGUGAGCACUGUAAAAAUGCAAAGACCUACUGCUUUCAUCACCAGGGAUAAUUAACAAAUGUUUGUCUCUUAAAGCAUUAUACCUAGGUUGGGUUAUCCUGGUUUGCUCACUGCACUCUUUGAGCUGUGUUGAAGCAUACUAAUGUGCAGCAUUGAUUUUUUUUUUUUUUUUAAUUAGGAUUUAACAAUUUCUCACAGCACAUUUUUACAUUCCUAGUGUUUUUUGGAGAAGAAUAUUUGAAUAUUGUGUAAAAUUUGUGAACAAAACCAAUAUGGCAACCAAACAGUAUAUUAAUUUUACUUUUGUGUUUUGCUGCCCGAGAACUGUCCAAUGUGGGUGUGGUUCCGUUAUUACAUUCAAAACUUGAAUACAAAUCUCUUUCCUUCCCUGUCUGAUUCCGGAGAGUGCCCGACUUCUGGUAGUGAAAACGUGUAGUUGGGAACUCAAGAGAUUGCUGCACACAGCCCAGUUAAAAAAACUGUGAGCUGCACUUUGUAUAAAGUGACAAUAUAACUAUCAGCUGCUUUAGAAAUUUCACUCAUCCUAUGUUUUGAAUGGAAGACUGGCUGAGGGCUUAACUGCCAGUUCAGGACAAGGUUAAAUGGGGUAGUUAAGUCAGACCAGAGUGAGAGGCUCCUUUUUGGUAGAACCUUUUUCUGGUGUAGAAGAGGUCUACAUGCUUCACCACUAGUCUGUUGACAUCAGCACAAAAUUCUAAGAGGGGUUGUUUUUAACACAUUAUUGUGUUAUAGGGUUUCAGAAAAAAAAAUGGAAGCCAGUAAACAUUGUUGCCUUGCCACCUUCUAAUUUGAACCUUUCCAAAGGUUACAAAAAACACUAGGCUACAAAAAACAGGAAGGAAAAGCUUUUUUUUUUUUUUUUCUUUUUUUUUUCUUUAAAUCAUUGACUCAUAUUGCUUAUGUUUUUGUCAUACAGGGGGCUACAGUGAGAAAUGAACUGGAUUCUGUCAUUAUUAGCCGAAUAGUGAAAGGAGGUGCAGCAGAAAAGAGUGGUUUGUUGCAUGAAGGUGAUGAAAUUCUUGAAAUAAAUGGCAUAGAGAUCCGCGGAAAAGAUGUCAAUGAAGUGUUUGAGCUUUUGGUAAGUCUAUAAAUCUUUGAUUUCAUAUUAUAUCAGACUUUACUGUUACAUAAGAUACAGGUUACUCAAUUGCACUCCCUUUAUGAUUUUGUUUAUUGUGAACAUCUAAAAUGCGAGGGUCCAUGGCACACUCACCAUGGCUGAAUUUAAUGCUGCAAAUAGCUUGUCGGUGAGUGGAAAUUCUGAGCUCCGAUUUACCUUCAGGCUUUUUUUUUCUUCUUUUUUUAACCUUAUCUUAUGCAUUGUCUAGAUCAAGGGUAGGCCACCUUCAGCACUUUAGGUGUUGUGGACUACAUCUCCUUGAUGCUUUGCCAGCAUUAUGGGACACGUUGUCCACAACAUCUUGAGUUGUGCAAUACUUAAAAAGGAUCUCACUGACUGUGUGAUUGUGAAGGAAGAUGUUUAGGUCUCAGAAUCCUACAGUCUGUAUCCACUUCACGGAGUAAGAAAAAACUUAAUUUCCCUGCAAGCAGCACUACAGGUGUGGGAUUACCAACAGGCCACAUCUGACUAGAUAAAAAAAAAAAAAGCUUCAAAAGGUCAAUGCAUGAAAGGCUGAGGUCCUUCAUUUCUAAGUUGGUUGCAGUGAGGAUGCAGACUUGCAUUAAAGGUAACAGAUUGAUAUGUAAGAGUGGUGUAUUUAAAUGCUGUGUUUAAGGCUGGCAAAUGGAUUUAGCCAUCUAGCGAUAGUCAGGGAGUGACUGUGUUAUAGUUGGUGCACUUGUGAGAGCUAGGAUUUAUUUUCUAUUAUUUUGUUUUGGGAAUUGCUGGAAAAAUACACAUAUUGGAUUGUACCAUAAAUUGUGUUAAAGACUACCAUAUUCUGUCCUCUAUAACACUAGAACACUGUGCUAAGAUCUCUAACACCGUGAGUGUUAACUUGCACAUCUAAAAUAUAUAUAGUUAGUUUAGUUGUUUGUUUUGCAUCUAUCCAGGACUCGCAGCUUCUGGCAGUGAGCUCUGCUUAGGCUGGGAUUAGCUAAUGCCUAUCAAUCAAAGAAUCUUGUUAUUUUUACAGAGAAUGCUAAUCAUAUCCUAUAAACUCUUUGUAUGGAAGAGCUGAAAUGUGGUCCAAUACUUACUUGUUGUUGAUAAAAAGUGGGCAACUGAAAAGAGACCAUACAAAGUGCAAACUUUGCAGUUUAAUAUUUUUGAUUUUUUUUUUUUCUUUUUUCUUUUUUGUGAACGUGUAGAAAUAUUUAACUUUAUAAAUGUGAAAAGUCUAAUGAUUGGUAUUUUGUUCAUAUAUACAUACUGAUUUCUUGUUUUAGGCUGACAUGCAUGGCACCCUGUCCUUUGUUCUAAUUCCUAGUCAACAAGCAAAGCCACCUCCUAGCAAGGAAACUGUGGUAAGUUACCUUUGCACUUAUUACACUCCCACUUUAAGCCUCAAGAUCAAUCCUGCCAGUUAGAAAUAAAAUGCCUAAUUGGUGCAUGAUCUUACGGCCAUCUACAAAUCCAUUUUUUUCUUUCAUGUUGUUAAAAGUAUGCUGUUCCACAAGAUUUAAGCAGGUAGAGAUUUAUACAGGGCAUUGUAGCAACUAAAGGUAUUAAAGGCUUACUCCAAGCACCAUGGCCACGUUAGUGAUUUGAACUCCACCUCCAUCAGUAUCAAUUAGGUGUCUUCAGACAGCCUAGAAGUAGAGUUCCAGGCUGGCUAAUGCCUAUUCUGUGUAACUUUCAUUGCACAUAAUUGCAUUAAUUAGCCACAAGUGGUCAGCUGAUGCCUCAUGCGGUGCUAUAGAGGCUGUGGCUUUUGCCAUUCAGUGGCUGAGAGCAUCAGCAGGGACCCAGAUAAGAGGGCAAGGUGUUUGUGAACAGUUUAGUCCAUUAUUGGUGAAUUGGGCAAGUGUACUACUUGCAUCAAAACCCAACAGCGGGCAUGAUGAUUGGAGUAACACUUUAAGAUAUACUUAAGAGAUAACUGCCACCAGAAUUAUUUUCAUUUUUUGUUAUUAUAAGAAUCCUUACAGUAUAUAAUAAAAAAAUAUGGCAUUUUUGUUAUGAAGUGUAUGGGGGAAAAAUACCUGAAAAUCUUGCCCUAACUUUCACAGAAUCCCUUUGCCAUAUUCAUACACAUUUGGUCAGACUGCAAUAGAAGUCAACUGUUGGGCUCCUGCUUCACUCCCUGCACAAAAUAGUAAAGUCAUCAGCCAUCGCUGUGUGGUCUGCCUUGUCUGAAUUCUGACUGUAUUGGCAAUUCAUAUAUUUACUAAAGAAAAAUGCGAUCAGAAUCCAGUCGGCCCGACCUAUUUCUAUAAUAUUGUUUCGGUGUAGAAAUCGGAUUUUACACAUCCGAACCAAUCUACAGCACCCGAAUUGCAUAUUAUCAUUCAUUUGCUUUUUGCCAGCCAUCCAUAAAAUAAAUUACCUACUUACCCCCCCCUCCACCACCAUCCUAAUAAAAGGGGAGAAGGCAUCUAAAACCUGUCAUACUUAUAAUCAGAAGUCUUCUAAUUCAUCUUUCUUCACCCCAAAAAAGACUAAAUUAAUUGCUGCAGAAUGAGCGCUCCUAACUAGAAAAGCCCUUUUAUAGGCGUCACACACUAUGCCAGGUAUCGCAAAGCGUGGCAAAUUUCCCACGCUUUGCAACUUGACAACAAAUGAUCUGAUUGGUUGGUUAGUAAACCAACCAUUUAGAGCACUCUGACAACCAAGUCUCAUGAGAAGUGAUUUUUGGCGAUGUGCCCUCUGGCUAUCAGCAAGCAAAUAGUUCUUCAAAUUAUCAUUCACUUGUAAAAAAACUGUGAGCUGCACUUUGUAUAAAGUGACAGUAUAACUAUCAGCUGCUUUAGAAAUUUCACUCAUCCUAUGUUUUGAAUGGAAGACUGGCUGAGGGCUUAACUGCCAGUUCAGGACAAGGUUAAAUGGGGUAGUUAAGUCAGACCAGAGUGAGAGGCUCCUUUUUGGUAGAACCUUUUUGUAUGCAAACAAGUUGUUGAUCCAAAGCUAAAUAUGAUUGCCAUUAUGGAGUCAAGAAGGAAUAUUUUCCCUUCUUGUGGCACAAUUGUCAAUGGCUACAAUUGUGUUUUUUUUUUUGUUUUGUUUAAUAUCAUUUUUAUUGUGUUUUCAAGAAGUAAAAUCAAUGCAAGGGGUACAGAAGAGAUAAGGGGUUUGACAAAAAUAUAACAUAGUAGGGAUUCCGUUGAGUUAUACAUAAUGAUUAAAUCAGAUUUUUUUGUAUACGUAGUCCUGUCUUAUGUUGACGAAUUAUAGUGGUGGGAAGGGGUCUGGGAGGGUGAGGUGGGUGGAGGGGUGGUGGUUGGGGGACGGGGUAUCCUGUCGCUGCCUGCCUGUAUAGAGGUUUAGAGUCUAGAGUUUUCCGGCUAUUUGUGGUAAGGGGUUUCCUAUUUCCGUAUGUGACUGAUUUAAGUGCUCUCGCUACGGCUGGUCAUGGGCGUGUUUCCUGCGGGAGGGGGUUCUCAAUAGGUAAGCCAGGGUUCCCAGGUUUUUAGGUAUUUAGCUCUCAUGCCCUGUGUCGUCCAGUGGAUCUCCUCUAUUUCUCUAGUCCUUUCUAUCCGUUGGACCCAUUGUUCUCUAGAGGGCAUUUGUGUUUGUCGCCAGAGCAUGGGUAUAAGAGCAUUGGCCUCACCUAUGAGAAUGUUCAGAAGUUGCUGUUCAUACGGGUCUAUCAGGGCCCGUGGCCACUUUAGUAAUACUUGGGAUUGAGAUAUGUGUGCCCUCAUGGAUAGGAGUUUCUUAAUGUCUGUGAGUAUCGUGUUCCAGAAUGGGGCUAUUUUCUUGCAACCCCACCAGAUGUGUUCCAUGUUACCCUCUGCUUCCUCGCACCUCCAGCACUGGUUGCUAACUGUGGGCCAGUAGGUGUGUAGUAGGGCUGGUGUUUUAUACCAUCUGGUGACUCUUUUGUAAAAUGUUUCUUUGCGGGCUAUGCUCAGUGGGGCUUUCAUCCCUGAGUUCAUGAUGUGUGCCCAGUCGCUAGUCGUCAUGUGUAUGUGGAGUUCCCUCAUCCAUUUUCUUUGGUAUGGGGGUCUGGGUGUGUCUCCCGUGUCCAUUUGGAGGAGACGGUAGAUGGCCGAUAGGGGCCAUUUUGUUUUACUGCCCUGGGAGCAUAGGGAUUCGAAUGGCGUCUUGUCCCUUUUUCUCCAUAACGGGAGGACCGAUUGGGUCAAGAAGUGGGUUAACUGGGCUCUGGCCAUAUUAUCUAGUAGUGUUCCUCUGUUACCUGGUUUUGGGAAGGUCUUUAUUUUAGGAGGGUCGUCUUCUGAUAGGACUGCUGUUACCUCUGGACAGGCCUCCCCAGUGACUCGGGUUAGAGUAGUGCUUCCAUGUCCGUUUUGGAAGUCUGGGUUGUUAGCCAGAGGGAAAAACGGGGACAGACCAGGGGAUAGUCCCCAGCCCUCUCUAUGUCUCCUCCAUGUCCGGAGUGUGUUAUGGAUGAGGGGGUGGUGUGUUGGGGAGAGUUUUGUGAGUUGGCAUGUCUGCCAAGGGAGCGUAUGGAGAGGUACUGUCGCAAAGCUCUGUUCAAGUUUGUACCAGGCUUUUGGUGUUUCAACCUUGUUCCAUUUCCUGAUUCGCGUGAGUAGGACUGCUACGUAAUAUUUGUAUAGGUGGGGCAAGCCCAACCCCCCCCUCCCCGGUGGAGGUGUUAUUGUCGAGUAUGCCAGCCUCGCAGGUUUGUUUCCCCAUGUGAAUUUUAUGAUGAUGGAUCUCAUGCGUCGGAAGAAUUCUCCCGGUAGAGGGAUCGGCAGGGUCUGAAACAGGUAUAAUACUUUCGGUAGAAUAAUCAUUUUUAUUAUAUUGACCCGACCUAUUAAUGAAAAUUGGGGUGAGUCCCAUUUUUUGAGGUCUGUGGCUAUAGCGUCUCUGAGGGUCGGGAAGUUCUGUGUGUACAGGUCCUUGAGUGACGGAGUGAGACGAAUUCCUAGAUACGUCAGACUUUUCUGAGCCCAGGCGAAGUUGUGGGAUUCCCUAAUCUGGGCCUGUGAGGCCGAUGGUAUGGAGAGUCCUAGUAUCUCGCAUUUUUCUGUGUUGAUUUUGAAAUUUGAUAGUGUGCCAAAUUUCUUUUUCUGUUUGUACCUGGGUCAGUGUGUGGAGCGGGUCCGUGACGGAGAAGAGCACGUCGUCUGCGAAUGCAGAGACCUUCACUUCUCCCCCUGGAUAGCAAUAUCCCUUAAUUUGGGGGUUGUUUCUGACAGCUGUCAGAAAUGGCUCUAUCGCCAAGACGAACAGGAGAGGGGAAAGUGGGCAUCCCUGGCGGGUGCCGUUCCCUAUUCGGAAGGGUGUGGAGUGUUGCCCAUUUACCCUUACAGUGGCUGUCGGUCCCAUGUAUAGUGUAUGUAUCCAGUUCCUUAAUUUGGGGCCUAGUCCUAGAUUCUUCAAUACUCCAAAUAGAUACUUCCAGUCAACCCUAUCGAAAGCUUUUUCAGCGUCUAUGCCUAGUAGUAUUGUAGGGGUGUGAUUAGUGUUGGCUCCAUGUAUGAUACUUAUUAUUCUAGAGGUGUUGUCCCUGGCCUCCCGUCCCGGCACAAAACCUGCCUGGUCGGGGUGUAUCAAUUCCGGCAAUAAGGGUUUAAUACGGUUAGCUAUCAGUUUGGCUAUCAGUUUAAGGUCUAGAUUGAUAAGGGAGAUGGGUCUGUAGCUGCCGCAAACUUCAGGGUUCUUCCCAGGUUUGGGAAUAAUGGUGAUAGAUGCGCGUAGCAUCGGGGCAGGGAGAGAGGUGCCCGGUUCCAGCCCGUUUAGCAUCUUAAGAAAGUGUGGUCCCAGGUCAUCCAUCAGUGUCUGAUAAUAUCUAGCUGUUAGGCCGUCUGGGCCGGGGCUCUUGCCUUUCGGCAUCGUUUUAAUCGCUGAAGAGAAUUCCUUAUGGGAGAAGGGCUCCUCAAGCACCUGGGCUGUUUCGGUCGGGACCCUGUGUAGUAUAUUGGCCCGCAAGUAGUCAUGUAAGUCCAAGGGGGUGCCUGUGGGGGGUGUUAGGUUCUAGAGAUUGUGAUAGAAAUUGCUAAAUGCGUCUGUCAUCGGUGGUGUUACAUUGUUUCCCCUGGCUAUUUUUGAUGUGGGUUAUGAAGGAUUUUUGGAGCUUGGUCUUCAGUGCUCGUGCUAGUAAUUUCCCACUUUUAUUUCCCUGCGCAUAGAAAGAGCCUCUCGUUAACUGGACGGCCCUAUGUGCUUUGAGGGAUAGGAGGGAUCGAAGUUCGAUUCUGAGUCCUGUUAGUUUGUUGAAUAUCUCCGGCGUGGGGGUCUGUUUGUGUAGUGUUUCUUGUUCCAGAAACUAUAUACACAGGAGCAAGGUAAAGUAAACAUAUAUACAAGGAGUUGGCGCUGUACUUGUGGGAGACUAAGUCGUGUCUCCAAGUUAGUGUUUAAGCGCUUCUCUGUGGGGGGGUGGAGUUCUGUCUGUCUGGACAGGUCCUGGUUAAGAGGAAGGAGUGGGCUGCUGGGACUCAUUGAGAAUGAACUACAUGGUCCCCAUGAGGGGCCCGUGUCUAUGUCCCUUGAGAUGUACCCGGUUCCGGGCUCCCCCGGGGCCCCCUAAUGUAACAUAAGUUUAUGCUUUUGGGUCAUGGGGCCUUAGUGGUCAGGGUAGUAUAAAUCAGUGGAAGUCAUUGGCGGGCAUUGAUAUUAUAAAGAAUUAUAUCUAUGCGUAACAGAAGUAUAUAAAACAAGAUAAUUCAAAUACAGUUUUAGUAUUUGAGAGAUUAGAGCAAAGGAUAUCUAAGAGCGUCAGCAGCAGUCUUCAGGCCUCUUUGUCUCUGGUCUUGCUGGGGGUCUCUGUCCUAGCCUGGGGUUGCCGCCUUCGCUUUCUUGGUGUUCUCUGCCAUGUGGAUUUUUGCUGGAGCGGUGUGGGCUUGCAGUUAGAGACCAGUCCAAUCUUCGAUUGCGACUUGGGGUAGGCCCAGUGCCUGUUGAAAUUCAGGGACGUCUGUCGGUGUAGAUAUAGUGUGGGUUGCGGUUUAGGUUGAUACUGUUAAGGCCAAUGGGAAGGACCAUCUGAAUUUGAUCUGUUUGUCAAGUAGGGCUGAUGUGAUCGGCUUAAGAGCCCGUCUGGCUUGUAGUGUGGCUGGUGAGAGGUCUUGGAAGAUGGCCACUGGGUGCCCCUCGUAUUUUAAGACCCUAUUUUGUCGGGCCUCAUGGAAUAUCUCCUCUUUCAGAGGGAAGUUGUGGAUGCGGGGCAUGUCCUUUGGUAAAUUUCUGGGCCGUGCUGCUCUGUGGGCCCUGUCGAAUUGUAUUGCUGUGUCAGUUGGUCUAGUGAGGACCUGAUUAAAGAGGGCAGUCAGUACCUUGAUGGGGUUUUCGGUGGCGCCUUCCGGGCACUCUGGGAUUCCCCUCACCCUCAGGUUGUUCCGCCUUCCCCUGUUGUCUAGAUCGUCCAAUUUUCUUUGGAGGUAGACUAUGGCAUCCGUAUGUCGGGUUUGUAUGGCUUGAGAUUCCGUCCAUAAGCGAUCCUGUUUUUCCUCCGUGUCCUCCAGAUUUUGCACUCUGACGCCUAGGUGCUGUACGUCUGUUGUGAUUGCCUGCAGUUUCUCACCAAAGGAGUUUUCCAGUUUCUGGAACAUUUCUGUGAGGUCUUUCUUCGAGGGCAGUUGUGUAAGUAUUGCCCUGAUGUCGGUUUCGUCCCCUGAGCCCUCAGAUGGAGCUGGGCUGGGAGGCUGGCUGCGUUACGUAGUUUUUUUUGUCGCCAUUGCCGCUUGUACGACUGGGGGCUGCUUAUUUUCUCCUGUCAGGCACGGAGCUCCGUUACUCUGCUGCCAGUCUCGUCGGAGUCUUGGCCACGCCCUCUACAAUUUUCUUUUUAUUUUGGUUCAACAGCAUAAAAUAAUGGGAUUCAAUAUUUAAUAUGAUGAACUUUAGUAUUUUUUUUUAACCUGGUCAAACUAUCUAACUGAAGUUCUCCAGGCGUUGUGAUGUGCAUGUGUUGCCUACCAUGUCAACUGUGUAUUUUAAAUGUAUAGUGUGAUCAAGCCCUCAUUUACAAGCACCUCACUUAGUGUUAGCUGUUACAAUCUGAAAGUCUGCAUUGCCAUCUACUUAUUCUUAGGCACAAACCCUGAAAUAAACAAGAUCCUAAUACUGUUCACUGUGAGAGAACUAUUCUCUAACCUCUACUGUGAUCUUAGAAGAUGUGUAUCUAAAAUAAACAGCUUGAACUGGCUGUGCUGGAAUGUUAAGAGCAGUGGCUUUUAACUGUUGGCUGGAAUUUUCAAGAAUGCACCUACAACUGAUGUAUUUAUUACUGGUAUUUAUAAAGUGCCAACAAGUUCCGCAGCGGUGUACAAUUAGUGGAGGACUUACAAUAUACACAGACAAAUACAAAAGGUAAAGAGGGCCCUGUCCGUGAGCUGACAUCUAGCCAUAGAAGCUCUUUUAUACAAAGUGCUUAGCUAGAUAGCCUGUGAGCUUACAAUCUAAAGUAUACAAUGGGGAUUUGAGACAAGAGGUUGCAUGGGAAAUUUUGGAAGUUGGCUUAAAGAAGUUAACAGAGAGUAGCAGCUAUUGGUAAAAUAUAAAGGGAAUGAAGAGGUAGUUUAGUGAGAAUCUUAAUGUAUAUAUUGGUUUUUAACGGUUAGAUUUUUAUUACAUAAUGUCAACACUGAUGAGUUGUUUCAUUAAAAGACCACAACAAACUAGUUUUCCUGGCACUAUAGGGUAUUUAGGUCCCCCCCACCCUCAGGGUCCCACUCCCGCCGGGAGGAAGGGGUUAAUCACUUACCUUUCGCCAGCGCUGGGGAAAUCUCCUCCCUCUUCCGACGUCCGCGCUGAAUGCGCAAGAGCAGCGCGUGCAUUCAAUUCGUCCAUAGGAAAGCAUCUCUCAAUGCUUUCCUAUGGACGUCUGCAUCUUCUCACUGUGAUUUUCACAGUGAGAAGCUCUUACAGCGGCUGUCAAUGAGACCUCCACUAGAGGCUGGAUUAACCCUAAUGUAAACAUAACAGUUUCUCUGAAACUAUGUUUACAGCUGCAGGGUUAACCCUAGAUGGACCUGGCACCCAGACCACUUCAUUGAGCUGAAGUGGUCUGGGUGCCUAUAGUGGUCCUUUAAUAUGUGAAAACUUCUGGUUUUAAAAUUCUUUAUUAGCAUCAUUACUCUGUUUGCAAAUCAUGCAUGUUUUCUCCUUCCAUCAGAUACAUGUGAAAGCUCAUUUUGAUUAUGACCCUUCUGAUGAUCCUUACGUCCCAUGCAGAGAGUUGGGUCUUUCUUUUCAAAAAGGUGACAUACUCCAUGUAAUUAGUCAAGAUGAUCCCAACUGGUGGCAGGCAUAUCGAGAUGGUGAUGAAGACAACCAGCCUCUGGCAGGACUUGUACCAGGUAACACGUGAUGAAUUAGGUUUUACUAAGCAUUUUUAUAAAGCAUUAAAACUGUAUAUCUUCAUGACAAGCUGUGUAUUGUUUGCUGUCAUUACUGUAAUUCUUAUUUGCUGUAGUUUGCUGUGUUUUGAAAAUGUCCAUUCACAAAUUAGUUCUGGCAUUUCAGCUUAGUGUGCCAGUUACUAUAUUUAACUGUAGGCAGAUGGCAAGCUGAUUUUGUAGGUAUGGUAAGUGGCUUAAGUCUUCUGAAUUGUUUUACAAAUUAGAUUAAUCGGAAUGUGAAUUCUAUGACGUAAAAUAGUCUAAUAAAAUAUUUUUGCAUGUUUUUAUUUGCAAAAAGGGAAAGUAUUUCAACAGCAGAGGGAGGCUAUGAAGCAAACGAUAGAAGAGGAUAAGGAGCCAGAAAAAUCAGGUUUGAUGCAUCUUUUUAACGAACACUUUAAAUAUGUACUUGUAUGCUCUCCUUUAUUAAUACGUACACCCACCCUUAAUGACCUCUGUGGUGUAAGCUCUGGCAAACUGUAUUAAGAAGGGAAUUUGAGGCACAUCCAUAACAUGCAUUUCUCAGCAAUGUUGCUGCUCUAAGGACUGCUGUACAAAAUCCAGAUAAAUGUGUUUUUAAAUCUUACAAGGUUACCUAAACCUAUAAUAUUACCAAAUAAGUGCGCUAAUACUGGAGAUGGUAGAUCUGAAAAUAAGCAAGGAAAAAUAUAGUGCAGAUGGUAUGUAUAAAACCAUAUAUAGGUAGGGGUGAGGGGAAAGAACUCACAUGGUCGGAGGAAGCCCAGGCAGGCGGGCGAAACGCAUCAUGGAGACGUCCUCAGAAGGCGGACCCCGAAAUGGUCACGUGAGCUGGACUUUCGAAACCCAGCGUUGUUCGUGACUGUGGCAUUCUACCUUUUGAAUACAAGUUUUUAUGUGGGUAGCUUACACCGCUGAUACCCACCACUUUUAAAGUAAGAAUUUUUAACCAAUUUUUAUUAUUAAACUUUGAAGAUACUGUUCAUUUGGGGGUCUUUUGCCUUUCUAUACCACACAGAAUCGUUCUUUGGCUUGAUAGUAUCCAGCAUACAGCCUUCAUCUACAGAUUGUGGGAUUUUCCUUCUCCAAUAGAGCUGUGAAAACCCAGAGCCAGCGCUUAUAAGGCUCUGGUCCAUGUGAGUUCUUUCCCCUCACCCCUACCUUUAUAUUGUUCUGUAUAUACCAUCUGCACUAUAUUUUUCCUUGCUUAUUUUCAGAUCUACCAUCUCCAGUAUUAGCGCACUUGUUUGGUAAUUUUCUGUGUAUACUAGUUUGUGUCACUUGGGUAUAGUGCUGCUAUACUGUUGUAGCACAUAUUUUCUUAGCGCUCACUUGUUAUUGGAUUACCUAAACCUAUCUUGGCAAAAAAUAUGGGUAUUUGGUUAAACCAUAUGGCUAUAUAGUGUUCAGGCUUUCCACUAUGUCACCAUACCACAAUAUGGGUAGUCCUAUUCUUAUCUAACAUGAGAGAUAAACAUGCUAACUGCAAUAUCUACUGCUUUAACUGCUUCAAAGACUCCCCUCAAACGUAUGCUCUUCUGAAGUCCCUUCCAAAGGGAAAUAUAGAAAGAAGGGGUGGGUUGCUCAAUCCAAAAUGAAUAUGGUCUGGAUUUCAAAUCCAUACAGAAAAAAGGAAUUUGGGGGCACAUCCAGACCAUGCACACCUCAGAAGUAGCAUUGCUGUAAAGACCAAAAUAUAUGCAAAAUCUAGACAAAGGAUCAGUGCACGCAGUAUAGGCAUUCUGUGACAUACAGGUGUGCUUAAAAUGUCUGUCGCCUUAAACUUGCCUUUCUCCUAUUGUUUCCUCUUCUCUUCCUCAUUCCCAAUCUGUUUUCUUAAUUUCUGAUCUAUUUCUCUUUAAAAAAAAUAAGACAAAGUAGAGACUACUUUUUGUGUAUUUUUUUUCUACACGUGACAAAUCUGACAAAAGGAUGGAGCUUAACCAAGAUGUACUUCCAUUGUCACAGAAUAUGAUGAAUCUUUUUAUUUAUUUAUUUCUUCCCCUUUUUUUUUUCUUUUUUUCUUCUUCACAAUCUGAGAUUAAAAUUACAUUUUAAUAUUAUUUCUCCUUUAGGAAAAUUGUGGUGUGCAAAGAAAAACAAGAAGAAAAGGAAAAAGAUUUUAUAUAAUGCGAAUAGGAACGAUGGUAGGUCCAGUCAAAUGCGGUUUCAGUAAACAUAAACGCUUAGUGAUAAAUGGUUGUUUAUUUCUAACAGUAUGCUUAACUAGAGUAUUAACCCCUUAAGGAUGCGUGACGUAAAUUUUCUGUCAUGCUUAUCCUAUCCUUAAUGACGCAUGACGGAAAAUUUCCAUCGUGCAAUAUUUUUCCUUCAGGGUCGGUUUUCUUGCUGGUAACUGUGAGCCCCAGGUAUCAUUAGAUUUAGUGGCACCAGACUUUUUUUUUUUUUUAAUUCUUUAUUUUUGUUGUGCAGGUAAGUACAUUGCUAGGUCAAGCGCCAGAACAGCUCACACAUUGUAUACAUGAUAAACAGUGGCAGGAGUAUAUGCACAGUUUUUGUUUUUGAUAUCUUAACCAAUGAGUAUGCGUAAUAAAAUGUAGUAUACAUGGUAGGUAAUGGUUGAAUACCAAGGAGUCAUGCAAGUUAAGACUUGCUAGAUUUAACAAAUAAUAAGUAACAUAUAGGGUUAACUUUGAGCACUGGCUGUGGUUGAACAUCUUAAUUGCUAUGCUUUGUUAGGGUUUUAACGUGAUAACUAGUUUGCAGUAUGACGAAAACCUUAUUUCCUGGCUAAUCAUGGGAGCAUUUAACAUAUUGGUGGCUCCUCCUUCAAGCCAAUAGGACAGGAAUACCAAUUAAAGACUUCAAUUAUCCCUGAGGUAUAAGAGAUCCCAGAAUGCUAGGUUCCUCAGUCUUUUUUUCCUGUCCUCCUAGCCAGACAGGACAGUUUGUAUUUAUUACAAUUAUUUAUUUAUUUUUAUGCUCACCUGGCUAUUUAUUUCAGCCUAUUAAUUUCUUAGAGGUCAGCCUCCCUCUAUAGGAAGACCAGGCACAUGCAACCCACCUCUUGGUAGCUGGGGAUCCCUGGUAGCCAGAGGAGUUAGUGUUUCCUCCGGCAUUCUAUUGAGAGCUGCUGCUAUGCCUGUCCCUGCAGGUGAAAACUUCUUAUUCUGACGCCAGAUUUCCAGUUCCGAGGUUCAGGACGCCCACACGUGUGCAGCGGUAAGAGGUCGCGAGUAGCCCUUUGUUUGCCACUAACAAAUCCCGCAUGCGCGAUUAAAGGAACAGCUCGUCUUUUUUAUUUAAAGGAGAAAAAGUGCGUUUUUUUUUUUUAUUUUUUACGCGAAAGUCAAAUCCUUCAUGGAGGUGCAAUUAGCUCUCUGGGAAACAAGCCCUCUCACUCUGCAGGUAUUCAUUUAUCUUUUAAUUUCCUUUUAUAAUAUAAUUUUGUAUACUUUGAGGUUUUUUUCUGUUAAAACAUUUUUUAUUUUUUUUUUAGAGCCCUUGACUCUAAAGAGAAACAUUUUUCUUUUUUCCCUUUUAGCCUUAAAGCCCAGGAUAUAGCCUCGUGGAUUAAGCAGGCUGUGGCAGAAGGUAUUGCUGAAUCACAAAAAGGCAAACGUCCCAGAUGUGAAUAUCCCCAGGUGAAUAUUGAUUCUUCAGAUGAAGAUUUUGGACAGGAUUCAGGUUCCUUCGACGUUGAACAUAUGUCUUCUAGCGAUGAAGAAUACUCCUUUCCCCUUGACUCUAAAGCAAUAGAGCGUUUGAUCUCUCUGGUGAGAAGAACGCUGGAACUACCUGAUGAGGUGUUGGUAACCUCAGCAGCGGACAAACACUUUGGGGACCUCAGUAAAAGAAAACCUUCUUUUCUGUUACACAAGUCCAUUGAGGAUCUCAUAAGUAAUAAAUGGAAGACUCUUGAAAAGAGACUUUCACUGCAAAACCGUCUGCCCCAUUCGUGAGGAGGACUCCAGGCUUUGGACUUCCAACCCGAAGGUUGAUGCCUCAGUUAUCAAAGUGGCCAAACGCUCUAUCCUCCCGAUAGACUACAAUGCUUCCCUGAGAGAUCCUAUGGAGAAACGAAUAGAUGCUGACAUUACUAAAUGUUUUUUUGGCAGCUGGUACGGGAUGUCACCCAGCGGUUUCUAUUUCAGCUAUGUCCAGAGCUAGGAGAGUAUGGAUCCUGGACAUAGAAUAAGAUUUGGACAAGGGUGUCAAAAGGCAACAUAUUGCUGAUUCCCUAAGGGAGGUCAGACUGGCCAGUGAAUGGCUCUUAGAAACCUCUACGGAUAUAAUUAAGGUUGUCGAAGGUUAUGGCUUUCUCAGUUGCAGCCAGACGUGCCUUAUGGCUCAGAUCAUGGGGGGCUCAUAUGGCUUCAAAGCAUAACUUAUGUUCCUUUCCUUUUUCGGGAGAAUUGUUUGGGAAACCCCUUGAAGAUGCCUUUAAAAGAGCUCUGGAUGUCAAGCAGGUUUUGCUUCCGCAGGAUAGAUGUCCAAGAAGACGGGUGAUUGUUCCUGUUCCAGAAAUUCAAAGGUUUUAGGGUUUCUAUUCCCCUCUCUUUCUGGUCAAGAAACCUGGAGGAAAGUGGAGACCCAUUCUGGAUUUACAUCAACUCGAUAUCCACUUGAGAAUAAAAAAAUUCAGGAUGGAAUCUCUUCGCUCUAUCAUACCGGCAGUUCACCAAGGAGAUUGGCUAAUCUCAGUAGAUCUGAAUGACGCCUACUUUCAUGUCCCGAUAGCCCUUCUUCACCAGAGGUUCCUCAGAUUCUGUGUAAACAAUCAACAUUUCCAGUUCCUGGCUUUACCGUUUGAAAUCAGUACAGCACCAAGGACCUUCUCAAAGAUACUGGUGACGGUUAUUGCAUUGCUCCGAAAGAAGGGAAUAACAAUAUUCCAUUACCUAGACGAUAUCCUGGUAGUUGCUCAAACAUAUACAGGGAUUUACUGAAUCAUAGACUGAUGGUACUCCAGACACUAGAACGCUUUGGCUGGUUAAUCAACUACCAGAAGAGUCAACUUCGGCCUGCCAGAAGGCUGGUGUUCCUGGGAGCAAAAUUCGACACAGCGUCAGCAGUAGUGUCUCUGGCCCACGACAGAAAACUAAAAAUAUGGUCACGCAUUCAAGAAUUUCAAAUCGAAAAAACGACUACAGCAAGAAAGAGUAUGAAGAUCUUUGGUUCCCUUUCCUCCGCAAUUGGCCUAGUGAGAUGGGCUCAGUGGAACCUCCGCCCUUUACAAGAAUACUUCCUGCAGACAUUCGACUCGACCUCCCACCUCCUUCAGAAGGUUUCCCUCUGAAGGAGGUGGACUGGAUGAUAAUCACCACGGAUGCCAGUCAAGAUGGUUGGGGUGCACAUCUAAAGGACCACUUUGUCCAGGAACUAUGGCCCCUGCACACAAGACAUCUUCCUUCCAAUAUAAGGGAACUAAGAGCAGCCUUUCUAGCUCUCCUACAUUUCAAAUAUCUCAUUCAGCAUCAAUGGGUGAAGCUGAGAAUAGACAACAGGGCAGCAGUAGCAUACAUCAACCAUCAGGGGGGUACCAGGAGUGGUGCACUGAUGAAGGAAAUCAAGCCAAUCAUGAUUUGGGCACAGAGGAAUCUAGCCGGUCUCUCUGCCUUAUACCUUCCUGGGAAGGAGAAUACGAUUGUGGAUUUCCUGAGCAGACAUCAAGUGAAAGAGACGGAGUGGAAGCUAUCCAGCUUGAUCUUCCAACAACUGGUAAGGAUGUGGGGGCUCCCACAGGUGGAUUUAAUGGCCACUGCUCAGAAUACUCAUUUUCCAUGCUUCAUGUCAAGGAGAUUUCACCCACUGGCAUAUGCUCAAGACGCCCUUUCAUCAAGAUGGCCAUUUCAGCUGGCAUAUGUGUUCCCUCCGAUCAAGCUCAUUCCCGCCCUUCUGAAGAAAAUCUCCAAGGAACGAUGCAGGAUAAUAGCCAUCAUCACGUUCUGGCCACGUCGUCCAUGGUUUCCCCUCCUGAAAAGAACUUUCCCUUGGGGAUCCCGUAAGGGUGAAGCAGCCUCUGUUUCUACCCUCCGUUUCUGGAUGGUUUCCUCUAUUUCAAGAGCUUAUAAGGUCCGAUGAGUUCCAGUUCCAAAAGGUAUAAGGGCACACUCUACCAGAUCGAUUGCCACUUCAUGGGCUGCAGAGUCUGGAGUAUCACCAGAGAGCAUUUGUGACGCAGCUAAUUGGUCUUCUAUAAGGACGUUUAUUAGUCAUUACAAACUUGAUAUUUCUUCGGAUCCUCACCUGCAAUUUGGUCUUUCGGUUCUAAAUUCUUGUUCUUCUCGAAGCAAAUAAAUAUUUCUGUGCAUCUAUUCCCUCCCUGUGGUAUUUACUGCUUGUGUAUUCCCCAUAUGUUAAAUGCUGCCAUGAUUAGCCAGGAAAGAGGAAAAUUGUAUUCAUACUUACCGUAAUUUUCUUUUCCUGGCUAUUAUUCAUGGCAGCAUUUGGGUUUCCCACCCAUUUAUUAUGUCGGAUCAGCUUGCUACUAGACUAAGGAACCUAGCAUUCUGGGAUCUCUUAUACCUCAGGGAUAAUUGAAGUCUUUAAUUGGUAUUCCUGUCCUAUUGGCUGGAGGGAGGAGCUACCCAUAUGUUAAAUGCUGCCAUGAAUAAUAGUCAGGAAAAGAAAAUUACGGUAAGUAUGAAUAAAUUUUCCUCUAUCUUGAAAACUAGAGAAAUCUCAAUGUAUCUUUACUGGUAAAAUAUUUUAUAAAUAAAUAUCUAUUCAGUUGUGCAUGCAUAGUAUUGCUCGUGAAAGUAGUCCCCUGUCUACAUGAGCAGAUUUGUAACUUAUGACUCGGGAAUGUGUUCGAUGUGAGAGUGAAGUGUGUACAUGGGUUAAUGCUUGUGCGUGUGGGUGUACCUGCAUUACUGUGUGUGGCGGGCCUUUUGUAAGUUCAGUUGACUUUUAAGCAAAUAGGUGAUAAUAAGUGGAAAUACUAAUAGUACCCCCUCCCCUCAAUCUCCCCUUACAAAAAAUCAAUAGGUUCACUGUAGCCUAUAGUGAACGCCUAGGGUUAUUUAACUUGGGUUAGAAGAUAUGCAACAGGCAUCUUGCCCGAUAAAGAGUCUCAUCACCAGCUUUCGGUCAGCCAUCACCUUGCAGGGGCUGAGCGCGGUCCCUUCGUGCAGAUUUUUGCGUCCAGCUCGGUGCUUCAUAGAUAAGGUGGUGCAGGGUCCCAGAACCGUGUGGACAUGAGCUUGGUGGGGAGCACAAAGUCCUGUUUGCGGUUCUCCCUGUUCGGUGUGCCCCUUGGUUCAAACAUGGGUUGCAAGUCUGCUUGGGGAGAGCAGUAAUGAAAUAAAAAAAAAAGAAAUAAAUAAAAAAAGAAGAAUCCAAAGUUGGGGAAUUCAAAGUAGAAGUAAAAAUAGUCUCCUGAGUCCUGGCAAGGGCCUGCUCAACUAACCGAGCUGGAGCAAGGAAGAAGGGUUGCCCGGCAGUGGGGGAAGACCAGAGCGUGGGAGACAUGCUGUGGUAAAAGGUUGUCUGGCAGCUGCCUGGGCCUUAAUAGGUCACAGCCGGUGGUCUCUGUAAUUUUGCGUUGCAUUCUUGCCAGGGCUUGAUGGCGAGUCAAGGUCUUCUGUGGGUAAGUGGCUCUGUGUCCCUAGGUUGUGAUCACUGCAUAUGCGUCCGGCUUGGAGCUCUGGGGGAUGAAUGGGGUGAUCCGUUCCGGAUUCCAGGCAUGGGUGCGAGCUGGGGAGCCGUUAUUGUUGUUAGCUGGUCCUUCUGGGGACAAAGAGUCUUGGGGCAGACCCAGGAACUGCAGCAUGGCCGGAGCGUACUGGAUAUCCUGGAUGGUGUGUGUGUGUUCGAUCCUUGUUGGACAGUCAGUGCCCUGGAGGGCCGCCAGCGGUAAUCAAUAUUGUGUGCUUGGAGUACUGAGGUGAGUGGCCUGAGCGACCUGUGCCAGGCCAGGGUGCCGCUGGACAGGUCUGCGUAAAACGAGAGUUCCAUGCCCUCAAAGCGAAAGGGGAUUCUGCCACGGAGGGCAGCCAGGCCUUGUCUCUGCCGUUGCGGAGGGUCACGAUGACAUCCCUCGUGACUGUGGGUGGUGCGCUUGUUGGUUUAGGGACUCUAAAGACCUCUUCUGGGGUAGUUAUUGUGGUAUGUCUGUGUGGCAAUAUUGCCGGUAAUAGGCGCCCCAUAGGUUUAGGCAGGUCGGGCGCUGGGAUGUCCUCCAGGACUCCCCCUAAUCUUGAUGUUGGAUCUCCGUCUGGCGUCCUCGAGAUUCGCAAGGCAGUGUUCGUAUUGCUGAGUUUGCUGUUUCAGGUCUAGCGUGGUGUGUUGCAUUGUGGCGAUAUUCUGGGCCUGAGAUUGUGAGGAGCCCUCCAGCUUGGUAAUGUGGCCUGUAAGGCCUCUUAGGUCUGUGCGGAGCGCUGUGACAUCCUCGUGGAUCCUCGGUUUCAGGUCCACUAGUAAUGCUUUCAGGACCGCUGUGGUAAUUGGCUCUGAGUCUGCCUCUGUGCCUUGGUGUUUUGCCUUACGUGGCGAGCUGGAGGACUGUGGGUGCUCUUCCUCUGCGUCGUCGGACAUAUCCUCGGAGAAAUCAGAGCAACUGACAUGCAGUGCCGCCAUGCUUGUUUCAGUGGCUCCUCCCUGAUCGUGAGGCUUAAGGUGGGCUUGCUCUGUAUUUUAUUUUUUUUCCUUUCUCCCCGUGUGGUCUUGGGGUAUUUGCCUGUCAGUGAGUGUGUUUCACGUAUUCAUCCGCUUAUAAAAAUGUGGUUAAUGACAUUACACAGGAAAAGUUGUGCCGAGCAGCAACCUAAUCCACAGAAGGGUUAAGCUAAGCAGCAAUUAUGCAAAUGAAACCUGGUAACUGACUUUGGGCUCAAAGGCCGGUUACAGCCUAUCAGAUCUAGUGGAGGGGUAUUUAGGCCCAGUUCUCAUCCUGCCCUGUCGUGGUUUCUCUUGUGGUUGUCCGAGAGCGCGUUCCUGUUUAUAGUUUUCUACCUGGUUUUUGACUUUGGCUUUGUUUAUUGACAUCUCUAUAUUCUGGUAUCCUGACUCCUGGCUUUCCUCAUCGCUGCGUCCCUUUCUGUGUUCCCUGACCUCGGCUAGUAUUUUUGACUAUUCGAUGUACGUUAAAUCCGGCAAUUCUAAGGAUCGGUAAUACGUUACUUAUUUGUCAUCUGUGCUAUACAGUUCUACAUGCUGGAUCAAACCGUAAUCCUGACAGGGUGUGAGGGGGGGUUUUCUUUGUGUAAAGCUCAGAGCUCCCCAUGCUUGUGAGCGUUAGCUUCGGUGUUCAGGCUCUGCCCCCCGGCCCCAGACUUUUUGAUGAGCUGCGUGCAGUGCUAAAACUCAGCUCUGCAUGUAGCCUUUUAAAUCCACAGAGAACAGUGCAGCUGAGCGAUCAAGCUCUCUCAAGUGAUCUGGUGCUUGGGAGACACCCUCUAUGUUCCAAUUCCAUUUCAGUUGCCCAGCACAGAUCACAAUGCAUUAGGCAUAACGUCUUCAAUGUAUGAGGUAAGAGACUGCAAUACUGAAAUUAACCAGUAGAUGGCAGCAACUGUCUUAGUUUAAAAUCACUUUACUAAUAUCAGGAUUGAUAUUAGCAGAGGGAAACCUUUGGGAUUAAGAUUAAAUUAAGGAUUAAAAAUACGGAUUAUUUGGUUUAGAAUAACUAUUAGAUUUAUUAUCUGGUUUAUUAUUAAGUUUAUGUUUAAGAUUAGGUUUAUAAUUUAUUUUAGUAUGGGGAUUAUGUUUCAGAUUAGGAUUCAGAAUAUGGGUCAGAUUAGGAUUACAGCAGGAGCAUCCCUUGCUGAAUAUAGCAAGGUAAUUCCUCUGCUGGCACCAGCAGAGGGAAUCCUUCUAACACUAUUGCUAAAGUUAGGUUUGAGAUUAGAAUUAAGGUUAUAAUUAGGGUUACACAUGGGAUUAUUGGAUGGGUUAGGAUUGUGGUGAGGUUUCGGAUUAGAUUUGGGGGUUAGAUUUGGGGUUAGGGAUUUAGAUUGGGAAUAAGAACCCUACUUUCCAAAGAUACAUUUGUACUCAGAAGAGGUUGCUGAGUACAGCUAAGAUAAUUUUAUGACAGUGGGACACACGAGAUUUAAAAAUUAAGCAUCAAAAAUACUAUGUGUAUGUAAAAAUUUUAAAAAUGAAUACUGAAACAAAAUGGUAACAAAAUGUCACUUCAAUAAUGCUCAUAAUAUUUUAUGUGAGAGUCUCCAUGGUGUCCACUUUUGCAACUGAUAUGCUUUAGUGGCGUAAUUUAAAUAUAUGAGCGACUAAAAUGCCCCAAAAUGAACAAAAGACUCAUUGUCAACUUGCCAUUUUUUUAUUUAUUUUUUUUAAACUGUACUGCGCCGGGUAUAAUUUCAUCCCUGUAUUUUCACAAAAACUUAGCAAAGAAAUACAAAGGGGGUCAUUUUGUACUCUGGAAAUAUAGUUAAUUUAGUGAUUUUAUUACAGUAGCAUACAUAAAGUUUCCAAAAUUAACCACUAAAAUGCAACAUGUUUGUACAAAAAUGCAAAAAUAAAACAAUACGAUAAAAUCUGAAAGAAAUUGGUGCUAAAACAACUGUAUAAUAAAGCUCAAAAUAUACCAUAUGACAUAGCCCGUGGUCUCUUUCACAAAAGGUAUGCAUUUAUGGGGUAGUUUUUUUUUUUUUUUUUUGUUGCGCAGGUAGGUACAUUAUAUUAACGGUCGCCACAACAGCAUAUUUCAAGAUACAGAACAUUUUGACAGUGGCAUGAGAAUUCGCACAAUUUUACGUUUUUUUUUUUUUUUUUUUUAAGCAUGCUUAAUUAGACAGAUUGUUGAAGUAAGAUUAGCUAACAUACAAUGAUAUAAACUGACGAUUAGUUAUCAAUUCUAGUUCUGCUAUGCUAUCGUAGUCAUACUGUAUAAGCUUGGUUUGCAGUUUAGCAGUAACUAAAUGAAAUAAUACAUUUAAAAGUUAAACUGUGUAUUUAAGCUAAGAAACACCAAACCGCAGUUAACAUUGCUAGAGUUAGCCUACGUUGUGUAGUUAUGUUUCUGUUCUCUCUAAGCAUAAAGAUGCCCUGCAUAAAAAUAAGGGUAAGACGGUUUGAAGGUCUCGAGUGGGUUAAUAGAUGUAACAUUUGAAAGCAGUUAGUGGAGACUGCACAUUUUUAAAAGGUAAAACUGACAUGCAUGAGAACACAGGUGCAAUGGAUAAGUAACUGCUAUAUGAUCUAUGGUUAAUGAGCUAAUUGCGUGUGGUUAAUAUACUGUAUUGCUUGCUCCACUGCUGCUAUACGUAACUGUCUCUGCUGCGAUAUGCCAGGGCCAUACUGUGAGACAUACUGUGCGGUGGGAUCUUGCAGUGUCUCUGCUGUAGGGCCUGCAGGGACGCAGAUUGUCUCUGGGUCAGUCCGCCUUGGUCAGCCGACACCGGCACUGAAGGAUUGGCAGGUGGGCCUGGAGCGCUGCGGGGUCCCCUCCUUCAUUGGUUGUGGAUGGGCUCUGUGCCGAUUUAGUUAGCCGGGCAGCGACCAUGUCGGAUCGUGGUCUGCUCUGAUCACGUGCCCCGUGUUCUGUAUUCCGGCCGUGUGGUGAGUAAGGGUGCCCCUGUAGAGAGCAGGUUCACCUGGCAGGCAGCGCAGGGUCUUGGCUAUGCUGCGUAUUUUUUGGUGUGGUCGUCUGUCAUUGCCUUCCCGGUAUGGAAGUUUCAUGGCAGCCAUUUUAUAUGCUUUUCCUUCUGCUGUCCUCUCGUCCGGUCUGGGCCCCUCCGGAGUUUAGGCCGGGUCUCUGCACAUCUGUAAGGCCGCCUUUGGAGCUGUGCCUUGAGUGUCUCUUGUGUUUCAGGCAUUUUGUGCGGGCCGUGAGUGGCCUUUGUGCGGUUCCAGGUUACUGGGUUACCCUUCUUGCGGGUGGGGUUCGGUGGUUUGCCCUACCUCCCCCUGCGCUUCCAUGCUUUGGACCCUGCCUCAUGUCGCUGGGUGGGGGUCCCUUUUGGAUGGACUGCAUCAGGGACUCCAGCUUCUCCCACCGAAGAUGCGGUCGUAUCGGCGUUUAGUUUCCCUCUUGAUUAUGUGCAGAGCUGAGGUCUGUGGGUUGGGUGCCAUCUUGCCUGCUCCACGUGUGGCCUCUGUGCUUCGCGGUCGUGUGUCUUGGUGAGUGCUUGUACACUUGCUUGUGUGGGUGCGGACCAGGAUAACCCCCACCGGUCCGGGGGGAGGGUGGACGCGGUCUCUGUGUUAAGUUUCCAGGCAUUCUAACCUCUUCUGGUAGGCCUCGCCAGUGUGUCGGGCACGUACCAGGUAGGUAGUCGCUUGUUGGGUACCGUUGUGUCCACCUUGGCAGCCCCCGUCAUCUGGUGACCUUUGUUUGACUUUUAAAAGCUGUUACAGCGGCUUUCUGGCAUUUUUUCUGGCAGUGGUUGCAGGAGCUAUGGUGAUUAGCAUCCGCUCGAUGCUGCGGUCAGGCCCCCUUAUAGGGUAAUUUUAACUGUCAAACUGCUACAAUGCACUAAAAUAAGACACAUCAAAUCCAUCUAUCAAAAUUCUAAUUGUAAAAACUAUAAUGGUCAAUAAAAAAAUUUAUUUAUACACACACACCCCAACCCCACCCCCUCUCUUGGCAUAAACUGAUGAAAAAAUGCCAUCACGUUAAGGCACAAUAUACACCAUAUGAGAUACUCUGUAGUGUCUACUUUCACAAAUGGUAGUGGUGUAAUUUCAACAAAGUGCUACAAUGCCCCAAAAUGAGACUUGCACCCAACAAAAUUAUCACUGACAACUGAAAUGGUCAGGUCUCUUUUUUGGUAAUAUAACUUGACAGGAUAGUGACAAAGGCAUAGAUUGGGGGUAUCUUUAUACUCCGGAGAUGUGACUGAACACAAUAUGGGCUUUUCUACAGCCGUAGUAAACAUCAGGUUUACGAAAUACACAUUAAAAAAACCUUGUUUUGUGUGUGUGUGUAAGAAAAAAAUCUGAAAAAACAGCGGCAGCGAUAUGGCUACGUAAAGUGUCAGAAUACCCUUAGGUAAAUAGCCUGUGAUGUCUGCUUUAUAUAAAUAUAUACAUUUGUGCGUCAAUUUUGAUUUCUGUGAUGGCUAUUAAGCUUACAAGACAAACGUCCCAAAUUCUAAAAAAAAACCUCUGAAAAUCAGAACAACUAAUUGAAUUACUUUCCUUAAGCUGCACUUAUUAUAUACACGUUAUUUGUGCCUAAACUGUGUGGGGGGAAUAACAAUAUAUUUUAAUUUUGUAAAAACUAUUUUUAAUAAUAAAUAAGAAUAUAUGUCACUUCAGAUUAAAGCCUUUUUUUUUUUUUUUUGUCCUUUAAAAAUCGGUAUAUAAUGUAUUGGUGCAAUAAAUAAGAAAAAUGCAAACUUUGGUUGAACACAAACCGCAAAAAUUGCUUGUGUCCUUAAGGGUAAGUCUAGUUUUUGAAACUGUGUCCUUAAGGGGUUAAUAUAUCUUACACCACCCUCACACCACUGAGUGUAAAGUGCAAAAAGUGUAACUAUAGUAUUGUUUACUCAGUUUGUCUGCAAACAUGUUUGCUCCUAAAAGAACUCAAGUUAGCACUUUUUCUCAUCACCAGUUUAUGUAACAACAUAGUUUUAUGUUCAGGCGACAUUGUCAUGAAUGCUAUUUUUAUGGUGCUCUCUUUCUUCCUAAAAGAUUACGAUAAUGAAGAAAUUUUGACUUAUGAAGAAAUGUCCCUUUAUCACCAGCCAGCAAACCGAAAACGACCAAUAGUUCUAAUAGGUCCACAGAACUGUGGGCAGAAUGAGCUUCGCCUCAAAUUGAUGAACAUUGAGGCUGAUAGAUUUGCAGCUGCUGUACCGCGUAAGUAUUUUCAGUUUGUUGUGACAUUUGUUAUUUUAAAGCAGAACUUUCCUUGUCCACUCACCCCGGUGAGUGAACAAAGCUGUGGAUAGGAAAUUAUAAAAUACACAUUGCGACACUUCAGUAUUCUUUACAACAUUGUUGCCGUUUGAAGCUACAGGUUCAUUAAAUUUACAUGCCCGGCAAAUAAAAAAUUGAAACAAACUACACACAAUGUUGUGAAAUUUAAAAUGCAACCUAUAAAUAAAAUAAAGUGUUGUUUUUUUUAUAUUUAAGAAAUAUUAUCCUGGGGAAGGGGGGGGGGGACUUUAGCUGUUUUGGUGCUUAGUGUCCUUUUAUUUUUAACACACUCCUUAUGUAGUGAUACUGGUGCCAAGAGUACCCAGGGCUUCUGGAGAGCUAAUGGGAACUCUUAAGUUCAUCCAGUUUACUAUGGUUUCCACCACUAUGUGCUCUCAGAAUGUUAUUAACAGAUUGUAACCCUUCUGUUUGGCUUUUAUGUACUCUCAUAACUCUGUCUCACUCCAACUGCAUCUUGGUUUAGCCUAACUUAUUCUCCCUUGUGAGCAAGAAGUCCUUCAUAGUCCUCACUCCUGCACUCAGCCAAUCAAUGUCCUGGAUCUUCAAUCUUUGAUGUCAUAGCAGAUAACUGCAUUGGCUUAUGUCAGUGAAUAAGCAACCCAAACUCUAUGGUGGGAGGUCUCCAGGUUUCCUCACUGGGAGUGGGACAGCGAGGUGAUUGGCUAUACUAUCCACAUUAUGGUUUUUGUUGGCUAUUAACGAAGUUUAGCUAGGAGGAAGAUUUUUUUCUGCAGCCAGUUGUUUAGCCGAGGGACGUUCUGGAGAUUAAUAUAAUGGCUUCACAAAUUGUGAAGAUUCUGAGAUAUUGUGCUCAGUCCCAGGCAAAAAAAGCCUACUUCGGUAGAUACACUUGUAGUGUUCUGGGAUUACAAUUUCAUCUACCAGUUUCCCACUUGUCUACUAGUACCCUAAAGCGUCAGGCUUCUGCCCUUUCAGUUCUUUCAUAAGUACCUGAAACAUUCCCUAGACUUGUCGUCUGCUUAAUGUGUUCGCUUACUUUAUCAUUCUGGUCAUAAUGACUUCUUCCUCUUUGUUCAAAGCCAGGCAUAGAAUGGCCUCUCUGAACCUCGGAUGGGAUGUGGAUCUACAUGUUCUUCAGUGUGAUUCCUCCUUCAUCCAUUUUUCUGUCUGUACUCUUGGCCUCCUGGCUUAAAUCUCUGGUUUAGAAAGCUUAUUCCUUUGUAUACAAACAAAUGCCUGGUAGGAAUACUGCCCAAUCUACCACAGUGGUAGCUACUUUCAUCUUGAGGCAUCCAUAGAGCAUAUUUGCAAAGUGGCCUCUUUGCAAAUAUGAUCCUCUUGCACACUUUUGCCAAAUGGACAGUUUGUCCAAUCAUAACAUUUGCAUCCUGUUAAUUAUAUGGCUUGUGACUGUGCUGCUAGGUUAUACUUUAUCCUACAAGUAAUGGAUUCUCUUGGACCAUGACCAUGUAAUGAAACUUAUAUUUACCAAUACAUUUUUGUCUAUGAGGCUCCUUCCUGGUGUUAUCUCACUUAAGAAUGCUGAUGACUGAUAGAAUUGCUAGUGGCUGGAUCCUUUUGAGCCUUUUUACCCUGCUAUUUACCUUUUGGUCUAUUUGAGAAACUUCCCAUCAAAAGAGGCAGGAAUUAGGAAGUGUCUAUGAGUCCUUCUGUGACUGGUUCUGACUUCCCAGUUGGAGGAUGCAACAUGCCCCGUGUAAUAGAUUUUCACGGACCAAAACCAUACAGAUUAAAAUUAUUUUAUUGGAAAGCAUACAGUUUGGUUUAAGCUACCUAUGGGGCUUUGCAAAUUUCCCAGAAUUUAUAGUUCUGCUUUUAUGGUGUAUUCUAUCCGUAUAACACAGAGUGACCCCUAGAGUUAGAAUGAUUUAAAACUUGUUACAGUCUUAUCAGAGACCUGAAAGGGGGUGCUGUCCAUUCAGAAUACUUAACAUUCCACAGGAUUCUUAAGUUGCUCAUAAACUAAAGCUUUUUUUUUUUUUCUUCUUCAAGGAUCUACCUUCAGUUAGAUAUGUUCCUGCAGUGUGUCAGCCUUAUUUUAAGCAAUUUGUCUGCUGGAGCAAGCAUGAGAAUAGUUGCUUGACACAUUUGUAGAUUAGAAGCAGCCGUGGCCUGGGAGCCACAGCUGCAGGAGCAGUUCUAAAACCUUACUUGGUUAUACUAAACAUGUAAGGAGUAUUUUGAUGGUUAAUUAAAAUGCUGCUGAUAUAUAGAAUAAAGGUUUUAUUCCUAUUUAUUUCUUAAUGUGAAAUCCUUUGGGAAGGGCCCUCUUUACCUACUGUCAUAUGUGUUUUGUUAGAAUUUAAUUUGUCUUGUUUUAUUGUACAGUGCUGCAGAAUAUGUUUCCGCUAUAUAAUUGUAAAUGUAUUCUAUUGUUUGGUUAUUGGUUUUGCUUGCUGGUAAUGUAAUUGCAAACGAAAGUACAUUAGAACAAGCUUUUAUUUAUUUCGAAAUGUGGCCUCACCUGGUGAACUUUGGAUACGUGCCCAUUUUCCUCCUGUUCAAAUAAUUCAGCAAUGAUGAUUGAUUUUCACAUUUUUGGAGAAUUACUUUUUGAGCUUUAAUACAGCAGGACAGUAGUGGACCCGUGUAUAAUGAAACACUAAAGCAUCGUAAUUAAAAUGCUUUCUGUAUAAUAUUUAAAGUGUACAAUUGUGGGCACAUUAGUAAAUCAUAUAAUCCUCUCUGAUCAUUUAAUGUUCUUCAAAGGAAAUAAAAUAUACAGAUCGAAUAGUAGUUUUAUACACGCUGUAUUAACUAACAAAUUGGUAAAUUCGCAUUGAUUUAAAUUAAUCGUCAAUACCACACAUUACUGGUCUCCUCCAGCCCUAACAUCAUCAGUGCAUAUCAUCCCUAACAGGACUUAUUUCUGUUCACGGAGGAACCCCAAAGCCCUCCUACAGCAGGUAUAAAAUGUCUACACAUCCUUUUGAAAGUGCUGAUUUUUUUAAAUGUAAAGACAGAAAUGACAAUGUAAAUGUCAGAAUUGUUCAAUCAGUAAUGUGAACUUCUAAGAAACUAAAAUCCAAAGAAAAAAAUUAUGAAUAUUUUAGAUUGAAACAAACAAAAAAAACACAAAUCUCCACGUCCUUUCAUGAUGGGUAAUAUGGCUGCAUUUACAGUUAACUAACUAUAUUCUAAGUCAUGCCUGCAAGUAAAUGGCAUACACCUGCCACCGAGGAACAUGACUUUGCUUAGACCCAGAUUAAAGUUCCCUUUUACUUUAGGGUUUUCUUGACCUUGAAGGUCAUCCUACUACGAAAGCCAUGGUCUGCAAGAGUUGCCAAAGAAAUCGUAAGAGCCAAUUGUUGAAAAGUACCUAUCAAAGCCAGAUGCGGUGUGAUUCAGUCAGUCACACCGAUUUAUGUAUCAUUCAUUCUGAAGCAUUUAGAAAAAUAUCUGCAUGGGGAUGGGACCUGUGACCUGUGAAAUAACAGGGAAGCAUAGUCCCAAGGGCUUAGGAAUCUAAUGGCCCCCCAUCCAUAGGUGAUUCAUUUUGGGAAGAGGACCCACGAGCCCCCCCAGUGAGUGGGGGUCCUAAUUAAUUAUAAAUGGACAUGCCAUUGUUUAACCACAAAUAAUGUCAUGCCCCCCAGAUUACAAUUCAAAUCUUAAUUCAAUCUAAAAUCUUUUAAGCAAUCUAUGGCAAUAUACCUCACCACAGAAUGCCAAAAACAGAAGAAAUAUAGGUCGCGCUAUAACAAUUAAAUAUAAAAUAUUUAAUAAGUAUAAUAAAUAGAUGUGCUUAUAGUAAGUUCCAGUGGAUAGAUGAAAAUUUCAGUACUUGGUGUCCAUCUCUUACUGUUAGUGGUACAGGAGUGAAAAGACGGGAUCUUCUCAAGUAGAUGCAGUCUUGAUUCAGUGGAAACCAUGAAAGAGAACACAAAAAAAUCCAAUAGUGUAGAUUGUCUGUAGAUAACUGAGAGUAUAGGAGAAUAAUAGGGAGGUAAUACACUCACCUAUUUCGGAGCACAAACUUGCUCUAGUGUGUUUGGCAUUCAGUGGCGUUGGUCCCCCACUGGUAGGAUAUAGGUGAAGAUAGUUCCUCCGUAUGAGAGAAAGAAUAAAAAACACAAUAUAGUGCUCACUGGAUAAAUAAAAUGAAUAAAAUAAAAGAAUAAAAAAUACUCACAUUGAGAUGAGCAGAAUAAAACUGCUCAAUAUGCUCGCAUAAGUGGUACAAUCCCCACUUAGGAUUCUUGGUUGUAUGUAGACUCCAAGGUAGAGAGUGAUCAGGUACCAGGAAAUAAAUAAAAUGAUUAUUAAGGAGAUAUAUGGCAAAGUUGUAAUAAAAAGCCAAUAUUCCUUUAUUAAUACAGUAAAAAAUAUAUAUAUAAUAGCCAAAACGCGUUUCGCCACACAGGGCUUUAUCAACUGGCAAUAGUAAAAAACAACCUGGUACAUGAAUGCUUAUAUAAACUUAGAUAAAACAUGUUAAUUCAAAUUUUGGCGCCAAAAUGACGUCAUCAAUACAAUUAAUAAUAAUGUAAAAGUGUGAAAUCAUAAAAGGAAAGAUACAUGAUGUUUAUAAUACAAUAUAUGUAUUGGUAGUAUAAAUAUAAUAAUAAAACGAGUAGUGUAAAUGGGCAAAAAAAGAAAUCUAAAAGAAUCAUGUGAUCGCGAUAUAGCGCGAUCACAUGAUAUAUUAGUGCAGGCUGGGAAAUGUAGUGAGCAGCCACGUGGUCGCGAACCUCCGCGACCACGCAAUAGGCUGCUCACAUAGAAGGGGAGGCGGCAGUUCAGACGGAGGUCGGCAUAGUACAGCACGCCUCCGUCUGACGUCAGCCUGGGGGGCGGCAACAUCCGCCGCAAAUGCCUUUGGGACAUGUAGUGAUUCGGACGGAGGUUAACACAAGGAUGCACGCCUCCGUCCGACAUCACCGAAAAGGGGGCGGGGAAGGUGCCGCUCGGAAUAAUCUUGUUAUAGCGCGACCUAUAUUUAUUCUGUUUUUGCCAUUUCUUUUUUGAGGAUUUUAGAGGGAACCUCAUAUUUAUAGGCUGCUGCUACCCACUUGUUUCUAACCUUUUAGUAUAUCACGCAGCGCUGAUCCAUUUCUCUUUUUCACCACAGAAUGCACCUGUCAUGGUUACAUAUAUUUAUUACUUGUUAUGUAUUAAAUGUAUAUGUGUGUGUGUAUAUAUUUUGCAUAUUGUAUUUUUUGUAAUAUUGUAUCCUAUUGUAACAAUGCAAUGUUUUGUGGAUCCAGAUAGCUGACAUUGCGCAGGAUACCCGUGUAAUGCUUUACCCACCAUUUGCAUUCAGUUUGCUGCAAGCACUCCAUGGGUGAUGAUGGAUUCACUUUUUGUGUGGUGGUGGUGUUUAUUUUUAUUUUUAUUUUUUAUUAUUUAAUCGGUUGCGUUGGCAAAUUAUUUAUAUAUAUAUAUAUAUAUAUAUAUAUAUAUAUAUAUAUAUAUAUAUAUAUAUAUAUAUAUAUAUAUAUAUAUAUAUAUAUAUAUAUAUUCUCUUUAUUUUGGUUGUGCCGAAAGUACAUAAGCGCCUGUAUUGCCUUAACUGGAUGUGUCAGUUGAAAUGUGAAUUAAACAUGUGAUAUAAUUUUAUCAAGAAAUAGUCAUGCUAACAUUGAUAAGGUCAGGUGGUACUAACCGUUUGAUCAAGUAUAAUGAUAAGGUAGAAACGAACAAGUAGCGUUAUGUCUAGAGCUACAUCAGGUUACAUCAGAAGUAAGGCAAUUGUAGAUUAUGCUAACGUAGUGUACCUAUAAUCUUAAUUUUAAUAAUGACAGGAGGCGAAUAUUUUGCAUAACUUUCUUUACUUUAUGCCUCCAGCAGCACAAGUCAAUCAAUAAACUUUAAACCAAUCAGUAACAGGCAUCACAUCCAUAUAUAAAGCCCUGACAGACACAUGACUUCCUCUUUCUUUGAUACGAAAAACAGUCUAUUAUAACGUCAGGGAAUUCAAAUAACAGUCCUGAUUAACGUGUAGCACAUAACUUGAAACGAAACUUGAAACCUUCCAGCUUUAUCUUGUCGAAUCCAUCUAUGAUUACGCUGAAAAGAACAGAAAUACGUGAAAGGUGAUGGAAACCAACUGUUGUCCACAUUAAAUCCAGUACUAUAUGUGUCUAUAUUUACAUUAAGUUAAUAUACUGAAACAUUAAACAAACCAUAGUAUACUUAAUAAUCAACACGGAUCUAACACAUAUCAACCAAAUAAGCAUCCCAUAAAUAUACUGAAAUACCAAAACCUUAUAAUUUACACUGAGAAAAUGACAAACCAGAAUAUAAAAAUUUCCAGAGUAUAGGGAGGGAAACAGGGAGGGAAAAUAUUAGCCUCCUGUCAUUAUUAAAAUUAAGAUUAUAGGUACACUACGUUAGCAUAAUCUACAAUUUUAUCACAUGACAGGAGGCUUCAUAUUUUGCAUUUUUAAAGCUGUGGUAUGAGCGAGAAGGAUGCGUGUGUGGUUGACGAAAAUAAAUAUACGGAAGUAGUCUAUCCGUGUCCAAUUCGUCGCUGAAAAUAUAGAGGCCCCCUCGUGAAGGCCUGAGAAGCAGCCGCGCCUCUUACCGAAUGAGUACCCAAACACGUCUCCACCCUCGCUAGCGAUAACAACCAAUGAACCCAUCUAGACAGAGUGUUCAUGGUAACUGGCUUGUACGGUUGGUAUAAGACCAGCAGAUGUCCUGAAUGUGACAUUCUAAGUGUUGUCGUGAUCUCCAUGUAGCAAAGUCCCGCUUUAACUGCACAAAGACUGGGAAACCGUCGGUAACAGGGAAGGAUACGGACGCGGAUAAGAUAUUUCUACAGUGUCUCGUAGAACUAUCAUUCUUUCCGGUGAUACCGAAAAGACCGUCUACGUCGAACUCCAGUACAUCUGAUACCCGACGAAAAGACCUAAAAGUAACGUGACUCUGGCUAACGGCUGACUGAGGGAUAGGACCGUGAUAUCUGACUAGCUCCAAAAGAACCAAAUCAAAGUCCCACACCAGUGAUACUUUGACGCAUGGUUCUGGAUGGUUUGAUACCCCGCAGAAAAUGGCAUAUCAAAGGCUCUUGAUUGACCGGAGUGUCGUGAAUUGUGCUAUGCGUCGUCGAAAUCGCGGAACGUAGCCCGUUAAUGGAACGUUCCGAUCGGCCUGUAGUGAAAAGGUAUGAUAAAGAUCCAGCAUCGUGGAGAUAGGGGUAAUAAAGGGAUUGCAGUCCCUUCCCAUACACCAGCGAACUCCAGGUGUUCCAUGCGGAUAAGUUAUUUCGGGGGAAUACCUGGCGUCCAUGAGUCCCAUAGUAGGUCUCUAGUUGGUUGCGAUAGUCCCUUGAUAUACCAGUCUCCCCUGGAAGACACCAAUCUACCAACUCCAGAUGCUCCUGCAUUCUCAAUGGAUGUUCUCCUUUUGGAUCCGCCCGAAGGCAAGUUAAAACGGAAGGAGCAGAGGAUGAUCCUGAUUAAGGACAACUCUUCUGGGUGUCACGCUUGCCUCCUUUACCGCAGUAAUGAGUACUAUCGAAGUCUUCGCUAUUCUGAUCCCAAUUUCAUAGGUGUGUCCGUAUCUCAGGCAGUGAGCUUUCAGCCACUGUCUGGCCCGUAGUGAAGCAGUCCUGGGAAAUAGUCAAAGGGUUAUGGUGCCUUUCCGCCGUACCCGUCGAAUUUCCUUACGAAUCGUCGCUAUCAAUGAUGUGGGAAGGUGUAAUCCGCCCAAGGUGGAAUCUAUUCUGAAAUAGAGGAACUGAAUCACUCGGAACUGGGAUCGAACCAACUCCUCUCUGUUCACUAUGAAUCCCAACAAUUCCCGAAACUGUAAACAUAAAUCUCGUUUGUAAACGUAGUCAUGAAUUGGAUUUGCAAAAGGUAAGUUGUCUAGGUAUGUGACAGCAGAUACCCUUUGCUUUUCAGUGCACAGUGACCGACUUCAGAAACUUCAUGAGGCACCAUGUGAACCUAUAGGUAAGUGCCCUUCAAGUCCAACCUUGUAGAUCCCCUAAGAGAUGGAUACCUUCCUUCUUGAGUUGUCGGUACGCCCCAAAACCAUUGGGUUGGCAUAGGUUGAUGACUGGGUGAUAGUCUCCUAUCUUCUUCCUUACUACCAAACCGUUGCUGAGAUAAAUGGUUCUCCAAACGAUAGUCCGUCUGCCUGAGGUCCUCGCUCUUUCGUCCCUAACUUCAAUAGUUUGAAAUCCAUCUUUAAUCGGGCUGCUUUGCGGCGUUCUGUGCACCUGUCUGCCUUGCGUUCCCCAACUUACAUAUUGCCCUUUGCACCCAUUCCCUCACAUCGUGAGCUUCUAGAGGUGAGUCUUGUGUGGGGUCAGGUCCGCAAAGUAUAGAAUUUUUUCACGGGCUGAUCAUAUCCAGUAUUUCAUCUUAACUCAUUUUGAGUCCUCCUCCUACACCUUUACAUGGACCCCGGCUUGAUCGGGACAUACAUAUCACCACGAGCUCCAUAGUGACAUAGAGGGCGUGGGCAUUCCAUCCUGAGCCUGUCUCGGAUUUCUUUUCCCAUAGGCCUCCUAAGCCAGAAGUGAGCCCGGUGCUCCGGUUAACCCCAUUCGGAUAACCCUGGUUGUCGGAUGGUGCGUGAGUCAAAACAGAAGUGUCCAGUGUGCCAAAGAAAAAACCUUUCUUGCUAGGCGGGUCUUGUCACUUUUACCUCUUCUGCCCUCCAUUCUUUCAUGAUCUCCAGAGAAGGGGGGGAGGAUGAAGACCUCGUCCCCUGAUGAUGGGUGUCCGACCUAACGUUGGUAUCUCAAUCUUCCAUUGGUGUUGCUGCCGUUGCACCCGCUCUGUCGGAUGGGUUGUUAGCCAGCAUACUGGAGAGGACUUCUUCCCCCGGAGCUGUCAUGGCGGCCUUAAUCCUCGCCUGAAAAUCGGUCGGGGAUAUUGAGGUAAGUCCGACAUGCUGGUUCACACCCUUUCGGUCCGUGGGAGACAGGAUCGUACAACAGUACACUUAUUGCCACUCAGUGGGCCUCCGCGUAUAACUGGGGGUCACCCAGAAUUUUGAUCAAUCAGUAUCAUUUUCGCAGGAUCCGGGGAGUGGUCUGAGAAUGAGGACACCCUCAGUAAGACCGGGAUGAGCGGUCUGCAAUGUCGGGACGUAGCCAGAGUCUGGGAGACGUGAAAGUCUCAAUAUAUAUAUAGUCCACGGGGUUCAUCCUUAUAUGGUCUAGAAUUGUGGAGUUUUGGCAGCACUGUGAGUUCUCCUUCUCGGUUAAGGGAAGGGCGUACGGAACCCCAGUUGAAGCAUAGAGGUGCCAGAAUACAUGCAUCUAGUGCGCCCUGGUCUGUGCAUACAAUGACGGAGCGUACUCUGAAGGUAAAAUUCAAGAUAGUAACUCGAAGGUCUUUAUAUCUGGGAUAACUUCUAGAUUGAGUUGCACUUAGUGUUAGGAGAGUUACCACUGGGUUUGGGGUUAGUCAUCAACAAUAGGUCACCGCAAGCCUUAUAAGGAGGAUAAAAGUAUAGUAUAAAACAGGUCAAAAUUAUUUAUAGAAUUCAAGAUAGUAAGACAGUGGCACUAUAUUUGUCAGAGUGGUAGGCUGUGAUUUGUUGAAAGGCCCCUUUCAUCCUGUGCCCAAUAUUGGGAAGCAGCAGGACCAUGUUGGAGGUUUAGUGUCCCUUCUUCAUGCGGUCAGGCUCAGUGGAUUCUGCGGGGCUCCAUGAAGAAAGUUACUGGAAUGCGUGGCCAGGCCCGAGCGAGCCACGAUUUCUCCUCGACCUUCCUUGGUUAGUUGGAAGGGUGGCUGUGAGGCCUGACAGGUAGGACACAAUCCACUGCGCUGUAGCCUCUCGCCUCCCCUAGUCUUAGCGGUAUCUACUUGUCAGUUGGCAGGACCGCUGUCUCUUCGGCGCUCCGGAUCACGGAGAGCCCUAAGGGUGGGCGGUGGAUCGGGCGAAGCUUUGAGUCGGCCCCUCGCGCUGAAGUCAGUUGCCUGAGCAGCGGGCUGCGUUGGUGGUCCUCUCACAAUGGGGCUAAGUUGGGGUAGAUUUUCAGUUCGAAGCCAGAACGCUUGGCAGAUGUCGCAUUUGAUUUCAAAGCGCUCCUUCCAUGUCAGGCCUCCCUGUGUCUUUUGUAGAACUGGAGUGUAGGGUAGUGGUGCCUGUUAAGUUGCUUUCCCAGUGGGGACCGGGAUAUCCGCCGCUGGUGCAGACUUUUUUUAUCGUAAGUAACUAAACAUAAAAUUAUGCUUUGCCGUUAAUUAGCUGGGCAAAUAACCUUCAAGAGCAUUGUGCAGUGUGUCCUGCGUUAUCAUACGGGUAUCGUCCACAUGUGGCCUGUUAUAUUUCUGCGUCUGGGUAUUCCACUGUUAUGAGAAUUCAGAUCAGUCCAGGCUAAGAUUACCCCUGUGAGGCAGCGUUGCAGGCUUUUCAGCCUAUAUCUAGUGAUGGUAAGUCCUGUGCUUUGUGUCUGCUGGACUCGUCUUUUCUGCCACAGGGCCUGGUGUCUCUGCCUUGGGGUUCUGCUCCGGUAGUGUCCCCCAUGUGGUGCAGUCGCGUGGUCGCUUGCGGUGUUGCCUUGUAUAGGGAGGUGCUUGUUGUGUUGCGCUUAUUGCCGUGGUUUCGGUCAGGUAUGGUAUGUGUGGGCGUAGCUUGGUUCGUAGCCCCAGUGUUUCUUGUGUGCUGUAGGGUUAGUGUGCACGGGAGGUUUGGUGCACCAUCCCGCCUUGAGGCUCGGCGGUAUCUGUUAUGCCGGAUGGCCAUCUUGGAGGCUCGGGGUAUCUUCAUAUAGUAGCUGCGCCUCGCUGCAGGACGUAUCCAUGAGGCCACUGUUAAUUCAGCUUGGCGGUGAGUUACUCCCCGGCUGUGUAAAGCCCCCCUGAGGCCUGCGCAGAGCCAAUCAAAGGUUUCCAGUGAGGACCUGUGGGUCUGGGCUGGUGCUCCGCAUUUCAGGCAUAGGCUGGGUGGCCAUUUUGCACAGGCUGUGUGGGUUUGUUGCCCCGCUUUGCUUCACCUCCAUCUUGCUCGCUUUAGGGAUGUGAAUGGGUGUUGCAGGCUGCUGCUGCAUACCACGAGUUUUGCUGUCGCUUGUGUCCGCAAUUUUGGAGGCCCUCACCUCCGAUCUGUUGGUUUCGGCUGUCUGUUCUGACUGCAGGUGUGUAGCAGGGCCAGCUCUGUGGCGGGGACUAGGAUAUCCCCCCUCCCCCUCGGUACAUGGGGGGGGGGGGCAGGGCCAGAUUAAGAGCCCAGUGGGCCUGGUGCUGACAAUUAUGAUGGGCCUAUUUACAGAAUCUUAUUGACCAAAAACACUAAAACAAUCAUAUCUCCCAAGCGUCGUGUAUCUGAUGGAGAUGGUGUUGGAGGGAAACUCAAAGGAUGCAGCUAUACGAAAACACAUACUCUAUGCUAAACUCUCUCUAAUUUAUGCUUUCAUCUUUCAAGUAAAUCCAUAACCUCUAACAGCAGUGUCCAGUGAAGCAGGAAGUCAAUGUGCGGGGUAAAAGUGUAUGCCACUGGUGCAAAUCACGUGACUAGACCUGCCAAAAGGGGUGAACAUGCCCAAGAAGGGGUAAUUGUUUGUCCAAAGAAUUGGAAGGCCAGCCUGGCAUGAAUGCAUGUCAGACUGCCUGCCAAUCCUGCAGGCUGUCCAACUAAGGGCAUACUAUGCAGGCAGCACCCUGAGCUUGGCAUAAAUGCAUCAAAUGAUGCGCCUUCUCCAAGCUUUCUACGGACUGUCCCCUAGCACUCACAUGUUCACUUGUCUUCUUAUCAUCUUACUAGCAGGCAGAAGUUCCUGGUAUGUAGUCUGACAGAGAAAAGGUGUAUGUAGUGAGUGUAGAAGAAACUGGACAUGCCACAGUGUUAGAGAGACCAAAGUCUGCAUUAUCUAAACUUAUUUUAUUGUCAGCCAGUCCACACAGGUUUUGUUCUCAUGCAUCCCUCUUAAGCUUCCAAACUUAAAGGGGCACUAUAGUCACCAGAACAACUACAGCUUAUUGUAUUUGUUCUGGUAAGUAGAAUCUUCCCUCCAGGCUUUUUGCAGUAAACACUGUCUUUUCAGAGAAAAUAACUCUGAUGGCCACUCAUUAGAUGGCUGCUAGAGGUGCCUCCUGGGGCAGUACAGUACUGCCUAGUGUGCAGCACCGCCAUUCAGUGUCUCCACCCUCUGCAUGCAGACACUGAACUUUCCUCAUAGAGAUGCAUUGAAUCAGUUUAUCUUCAUGAGGAGAUGCUGAUUGGCCAGGGCUAUGUUUGACUUGUGCUGGCUCUGCCCCUGAUCUGCCUAGUUGACAGUCUCAGCCAAUCCUAUGGGGAAGCAUUGUAAUUUGCGCAGACCACCACUUCUGAUGAUGUCAGCAGUCAGUCAGUUCAGAGGCAGACAGGGACAGAGCCAGCAGCUGCAUACUUGAAUACAAGUAAGAGUUUACUAUAUUUAGGGGGCAAGAUGGGGCCACGGGGGCUAAAUUGUGGUUUUAACACAAUAAGGUCAGAAAUACAUGAUUGUGUUCCUGACCCUCUAGUGUUCCUUUAAGCAAGAGUAUGUGAAGAGUAGUUAGGGUUGCCACUUUUAUUGGAAAAAAAUACCAGCCUUAUACAUUUGAAUAAUUAGUUAUGCGUGACAUCACAUGAUGUAAAUCACAAGGAGUGACAUAAGAGAAAAUUCUGUAAAAUCACCAACAAACUACUCAGUUUGAUUCUGCUGUAUAGAUGGAUUGCUCCCAGUGUCUCCCAGUGUCUCAGUUUCGCAAGUCAUCCGGUCUCUGUGUCCCUCUGUAUCAGUGUCCCCAUGUCGCCCAGUCCCCUAGUCUCUGUGUCCCCAUUUCUCUCUGUGUCCCCAUGUCACUGAGAGACCCGGAGACAUGGAGACACUGAGUCACUAGGGACACUGGGAGACAUGGGGGCACAGACACUGGGAGACUAGGGGACACUGAGACAUGGGGACAAAGACACUGGGAGACAUGGGAACACUGCGUCACCAGUGUCUCCAUGUCCCAAUGUCUCAGUAUGUCCCUAUGUCUCACAGUGUCCCCAAGUGUCUGUGUUCCCAGGUAUCCCAAUAUCCCCUAGUGUCUGUGUCUCCAUGUGUUCCCUAGUUUCUCAGUGUCCCCUAGUGUCUGUGUCCCCAUGUCUCCCUGCUGUUUUCCUCCCCAUCCCUCACUUACCUGAGUUGUAGAACUGCUGUCUGGACUCUUUGUGCUGUGCUACUUAAGCUGUAAGUGUUCCGAUCGGGGUUCUCAAAGUAGCAGCAUAGAUAGUUGUCUAUUGCUUGUAAAAUUUAGAGGUAGUAUGUCUGUUCAGGUGUGUAAACAAUAAUGGAACUAAAUAUCGCCGACUCUCACAACAAAAUAGAAAUGUGUCAUAUUAAUGUAACAUAUGCAUCAUAUCACUAAAGUAAUAAUGAAUUGUAAUUGCAUUUAUAUCGCUCUCUGUUUUAGAUACAACUCGAAAUAGAAGAGAUAAUGAAGUUGCUGGGCGAGAUUAUCACUUUGUGUCACGACAGACAUUUGAAGCUGAUGCUGCUUCUGGGAAGUUCAUUGAAUUUGGAGAGUUUGAGAAAAAUAUGUACGGCACUAGUAUUGAUUCUGUGCGACAGGUUAUUAAUUCUGGCAAGAUUUGCCUUUUAAGUCUUCACACACAGGUACGGUUUCAUUAAACUGUGUACAACUCUACUAGUGCUUGAAAGAAAUAAAACCAAAAGUUGUUGAAAGGGGUAAAAACCAAACGUACUACACUUAAUGCUGUGUAUAUCAUUAAAAGCAGCAAACUGCCGUGGUUAUGGUACCAGGACUGCACUGUCCUCUCCACCCAACAUAAAUAGUCAAACCAUUUAAUAUGGGGGGAGGGAGGAGGGCAGUAAGAUCAUACGAGCACCUUAUCCUCUACAAAAUGGUGUUUGUGGUGCUCUUUUAAAGUUACACUCCAAUGCCAAAAUGGGCAGAAAAAAAAACUCAAUAUAUUCCUUGGGGCUAUAUGUUAAAAGAGCUUGCAGAGGCUUCAGAUUUUAUGAACUGCAGCCUUAGCAAGCCCUCCUCUUUCAAUCUCUUCAGAGGAAAUAACCUCAAUGAGAACCCUCUGACUUGCUGCGUAUGUGGACUCCGCACGGUCUGAGGUCUGUGUGGAAGGAGGCAGUGCGUGCCACUUCCAUUAGCUCAGGGGAGCUAACAGAUGUAGGAAGUAAACCUCCCUGGCUGUUUGAUGGCAAGGGUGGUGUUCUCUAGUUAAUUUUUUAAAUUUCAGAUUUUUCAUAGAAAUACGCACUUUUCUAAAGGUUAAACUAGGAUACUCCUCACCCAAGCUGAUGUGCUUCUGGUUUGUGGUGUGAACCUGUAACUUUAAUAUAAAUGAAAUUAUUUUAAAACAAACAAAACAAAAUGUUAGAGUGUAGCUGUAAAGUGAUAUUUAACGCAAAGUGCACAGAGAAGAACAAAUAAUCCUUGAUAAACCAAACUUUUAUUACAUUUUCAGUAAGUUAUAAAAUUAAAUGAAGUUGUAGUAAUCUCUCCAAAUGUGAAAUAUGGCAAACAUGGGGUAGGUGGCUGCACUGUAACAUGGAUGUGCAAUACAAAGCAAAUAAGUACAAAGAAAUCAGCCAUGCGUCCAACGUCACUCUUAUCUUGGGUGCCAGAAAUAGCUGCACUAUUCACAAGCCUAAAUGUCUAAAGAAAACAAAAGAAAAUUACCUGCACACUAUCCAUAAUACCUGUCUUAUAAUAGGUUAUGGGUACUACUGUCAUUACCAUUGCAGUGUAAGUCUAUUUAGGAAAAAUUGGUUUGUAGGUUUUAAUAAAAAUACUCACUUCUGUCUCAUUAAGGAUUUAACCUUUUAGCUGAAAUUGGUCAAUAUUGUUGCCAUAGGACUCACCUAAGAGGUUUGCCUUCGGCAUUGGCAGGCGAGAUUGACACUGUAGUGGUUAUGGUGUUUGGAGCGUUAAGUGAUUCAACUAUUACUAAUACAAUUUGAAAUGUGGUAUGAAACAGAGAAUGGAAUAGAUAAUAGAUAUAAAAAGAGAUAUAUAGAAGGAAUGAAAAGAAUAAAGGCACUUAGAUAACUUAAGGUUUUUGGAAACAUGAGGAUUUUUUUCCUAAUUGUUUGACUUUUAUAGACUCACAAUGUUUUUUGGUGAUCUUGCCGUUGCCUUUCUAUUUAUUUAUUUAUCCCCCACAAUUUUGUGGUUUAACUACUUUACUAGAACAAGAACAUAAGAAAACACUUAAAAAAUGUGAGAAAGGGGAGGAAAUCUAACACUAUAUAAAUAUAUAAAAAGGAAAGAUAAUAUAUAGCACUUUUUAUAAAAUAAUAUCCUCUGAAAUAAAGGAAACAAUAGUUAACACUUAGAUAAUAUAAUAAGUUUAAUAAAUUUGCACAAUAUUUAACUAUUAUAGAAGGAUGAGAAAGGGGUCAAUUUUUUAAAAAAUUUUUUUCCUUCAUUCACAAUAAGUGUGAUCAACUUGUGAAAUAAUAAAUAGUUUGAAACUAAAUUAAGGAAUUAGACACAAAAGGGAACUAGAGUUGGUGCAAAGGGAGAAGAAAAUAGUCACAAUAAAAGCUAUCGUUAAUAAAGAUAGUACACUGCAAGUAUCAUAAAAUAGUUCAUUCUGAAACUAAGAAAAGAAUCAUAGCAUAUAAAUAGAUAAGCUAAUAAAGCUGUACAAUAUAUAACGUAGAAAUAACUUUUUUUCUCUCCCCUACCUCUCUCUAUCCCCUUUUCUAUCCCUACUUGUUACAUUGUGAUAUCCUCCUCUGAACUCUGAUUCACUGCAUCUCGCUAGUAUGAGGUGAGGCUCAAUCCCCAUAUUACUCCAACAUUAGAUGGAGUUUGGAUGCCACACCAUAGGGAAUAGGUUGUGGAUUCCUGUCCCCAACAAAGGGGGUUGAAGACGGGUUGUUUCAUGUAUUUUUUAUAUGAGGGAUUAUGGUUUUUAUCAUGUUUUAUAUGUUCUCUUUUUUCUGUUGUGUUGACUGUGCCGAGACUUUGUCCUAUUCUCCUACUCUCUCCCAAUGGUUACAAUUCUGACACUUAACGUACAGGGUUUAAAUAAUCCAUAUAAAAGAUCCAUGGUAUUUUAAUAUAUUAAAAAAAAGGGAGUAAAAAUAGUAUUGUUGCAAGAAACUCAUUGGUCAAGGAAAGAUACAAAAAGAUUUAUUCCUAAUACUUUUAAUAUCAAAAUAUGUUCUUCAUUAGAGGAUAAAAGAAAAUGUGGGGUUGCCUUUUUUGUAACCAGUGAUAUAGACACACAGAUUAUGUAUCAGAACAUAGAUAAAAAUGGAAGAUACACUAUAGUAAUAUGUAAAAUACAAAAUGAAGUAUAUACAAUAGCGAAUUUAUAUGCAACUAAUGAUAAACCCAUUGGUUUUAUACAAAUGGUACUAAACAAAAUAGAUCAUAUUAAAAAGGGAAAGGUCCUUAUAGGGGGAGACUUUAAUUGCAUUAUGGACAAAAUGCUAGAUAGAAAGUCACUUGGAGGGGUUAUCCAAAAUAAAAAAAGUAAAAAAAAAACAUCAAACCAGCUUAAACUUUUAGUAGGUAGACAUGGUUUGUUAGCUAUAUGGAGAAUUUACCACCCCCAAGAAAAGGACUUUACUUGCUUUUCAAAAGUUCAUUAUACAUAUUCAAGGUUAGAUCUAUUCUUGGGUACAGUAGAGAUAUCACUUAAGAUAAAGAAGGUUCUAAUUCAAGAAGUCACUUGGUCAGACCAUAACCCGGUUAUAUUAGACCUUAAUAUAAGCCCAGAUAUUAAAAUAAGGAACAGUUGGAGGGUAAAUGAUCUCUUAUUAAAAAAUCCUCAAGAAAUAGAGAAAGUAAAAGAAUUAACAAAAUGAUUCUUUGAAGAUAACCAAAAUAAAGGUACAUCAGAUGUAAUAGUAUGGUGCACCUAUAAGGCCGUUCUAAGAGGGCACUUUAUCAAAAUGGGUUCAAUAAGAAAUAAGAGUAGACGUUCCUCCUUGACAGACCUAUAUAUUUAUUUAAAUGCUUUAACAAGGCUUAAUAAAGAUAAUCCCUCCAAACAAAUGAGUGAGAAAAUAGAUAAAAUUAAAGAUAAUAUUAAUGAAAUUCUAUGGCAGCAAUCCUCCAAAAAAUUGGAACGCUUAAGAAUAAAAUGGUAUUACAUAGAUAACCGGGCAAAUAAAAUGCUUAAAAAUAAAGUUAAAGGAUAUAGAAUGGCCACGAUGAUACAGAAAAUUAUAACUGAGGAAGGGCCACAACUAACACCUGAAAAAGUUGGUAAAGUAUUUAACUCUUUUUAUCAAGAGCUAUAUAACUUGCCUAACCAACUCAACAAUCCAGAAACAUAUUUUAAAAAUGAAAAGAGGAAACGGCUAUCAGAACAGGUUAAUAGUAUCAACAAACCUUUUACUGAAAUAGAGAUUAAGGAGGCAAUAGAUAUGUUAAAAAAAGAAUAAAACUCCAGGCCCGGAUGGCUAUCCUAAUAUAUUUUAUAAGCAAUUUAAGGAAGAAUUGGUGGUCCAUUUGAAAAAUGUAUUUAAUAAAAUUGUGGAGGAAAAGGUCAUCCCGGAGGAAAUGCUAUAUGCAAAUAUUAUCCCUAUGCAUAAGCCAGAUAAACCACCAGAUCAAAUAAGAAGUUAUAGACCUAUUUCUCUGCUAAAUUUGGAUAUAAAGAUAUAGGCUAGCAUCCUAGCUAACAGGAUGCAAACUGUCUUGCCUUACUUAAUUCAUAAAGACCAGGUCGGUUUCAUAAAAGGUAGACUCUCCAGCAAUAGUGUGAGAAAAAUAAUCGAUAUUCUAGACAGCACUAACGAUUCAGGAGUCCCAUUUCUGGCCCUGUCAUUGGACACAGAGAAGGCCUUUGAUAGGGUCAGGUGGGACUUUCUGAUAGCAUCUAUGAAGGUUUCUGGUUUCGGUGGAUGGCUAAUGGAUGCUGUAAUUGCCUUAUAUUCCUACCCAAGGGCUAGAACUAUAGGGAGAGGCAGGCCCGGACUGGCCAUCGGGCAUACCGGGCAAAUGCCCGGUGGGCUGCAAUGGCCGUGGGGCCGAGGUCGGCAGGGGAGAUCACAGGAUCUCCCCUGUCUGCCCCUGCAGGGCCAGCGUUAUCCGAACGCCAGCCCUGCUGUGUGCUUCCAUGGGCCGGUGGGGAGAUCAAAGAUAUCCCUCACCGGCCCACAGGCAAUAAUAACCGGCUGCCAGCUGGGGAGGGAGGGAGGGAGGAGAGGACCGGCGGAGCUCCAACCAGAAGCUCCGCCGGGUCCUCUCACGGGAUUCUGAGCGUUGCCGCGGCCUGACCGUUGGCCAGUCCGGGGGGGUGUGUAUGUAUAUGUAUGUGUGUGUGUGUAUAUAUGUGUGUGUAUAUAUAUAUAUAUAUAUAUAUAUAUAUAUAUAUAUAUACAUAUAUAUGUGUGUGUGUAUAUGUAUAUAUGUAUGUAUAUAUAUAAUAUAUAUACAUAUAUAUAUAUAUAUAUAUUUUAAAAUAACCCUCAGUGAGUUAACAGACAAAAAAAAUUAAAAACCUAGAAUGUGACGGCAGAUAAAAACUCACACACAGCACCCCUGUUACACACACACACACACACCGCCCCUCACACAUACAAUACGUCCAAAUAAAUAUAUAUAUAUAUAUAUAUAUACAUACACACACACACACACACACACACACACACUACAGCACCCCUCACACUGCACCACUACACACAUUACGCUCCAGAUACACGCUAGAUCCCUUAUCCUAUAGGCACUCUUAAUCCUCUACACACACACAAUCUCCUAUACACACUCUGAGUCCUUUACACACUAGAUCUCCUACACACACACACACACACACACACUGCCCCUAGCCACACAUAUUACACCACAAACACAAAUGAAAUUGACCUAUUUACACAAUACCACACCACACUCUACACACACGCAAUUCCACAAGCAGGCUCCAAACACAUGCACCAUCCGCUUUCCUGGCCCUUUUGUCCUCUGGUAUCCCACUUGUAGAGACACCAGAGACAACUUAAAAGCAAACACAACGCAAGCAUAUUAUUAAAUUUGCUUGCGCUGCACAGAACAAAUACAGGGCCUUUUUCUAAUGCUAGAGCUCUUCAGCAGGGCUCUGCGCAUUGAACCAACAUGCUCACUUUGAGAGGGGGCGUGCUUGUCUCUAGCCCCGCCCCCUACUUAGGGGGCCGCUCUGAUUGAAAAAUGCCCGGGCCUAAUUUUUUUUCCCAGUCUGGCCCUGGGGAGAGGUAUAAUAUCUGACUGGUUUAAAAUAAGCAACGGGACGAGACAGGGAUGCCCUCUCUCGCCGCUGCUUUAUUUGUUAUAUAUCGAACCUCUAGCCUGUGAAAUUAGGGAAAACCUAAAGAUUAAAGGAGUCAGAAUAGGUCAACAAGAUUACAUAUUAUCACUAUAUGCGGACGAUGUCCUAAUCUCCAUUACAGACCCUGUACCAUCAUUGGAUGAAUUGCUGAAAGUUAUAACUGAAUUUGGAAAUUACUCCAAUCUCAAGUUAAAUGUAGAUAAAACGACUAUAUUAGCAAAAAAUCUAAGUAAGGAAGAUAGAGGGAAGAUUGGGAAUAAAUAUGCUUGGGCUAAGAAACAUUUGCAAUAUCUAGGUAUUAAAAUAACAAGUAACCCAAAUAAAAUCAUAGAGAACAAUAUUCUCCCUAUGUUGAAACAAAUAAAUAAACUUAAAGACUUAAGAUCUGCAGAGAUAUCAUGGAUUGGGAGAAUAAAUGUUAUAAAAUCAUACUUAAUCACCAAAUGGAGCUAUAUUUUCCGCAUGAUACCUCCUUAAAAUUCCAAAACCAUGGCUUACAAUGAUACAGACAGCUUUUGAGAAGUUUAUAUGACUGAAAAAAAAAAAGAGGGUGAAUAAAAAAAAUACUAAAUAUGAAUUCCAAAAAGGGUGGGUUGCGAUAUUCUAGAGACCUGAGACAUGCGCAUUGGCUCAUUUAAUUAUAUCGUUAAAGGAGAGCUCCGCAGAGGAAGCCUGGGCAAAAAUAGAAGCUACAAGACUGGGAUCUCCAGACUUAUUAGGUAUAUUUUGGAGUUUACAAAAGAGAACAUAAAUAUAGGCCUAAUAAUGGAUAAUUUAUUAUUGCAGUGGAAAAAUUGGAAAAAGAGACUUAAGAUACUGGAUAAAAUAAUUACGGAUAUACCUCUCAACAUUUUGACAGUCAAUAUAGAAAAAAACCUGGACGUCUAAUGGUAUUAAUAAUAGAGAUCAAAUAAUGCAACACAAUCAAAUUAUGUCUUUUGAGGACAUUAGGCAGUUAUUUUAUCUUCCUUAUAGAGAGAAUUUUACAUAUUUAAGGAUAAAGCAUUUCUUACACAAACAUAGGGUCAUAGAGUCAUCUGAAGGAUUACAUCUAUUCAUGAAUCUAAUGCUAAAAGUAAUAAAAAUGUAGUAUCAUAUUGUGCUAAAUUAUAUAAAUUAUAUAAAUCAAGCCCAAUAUUUCCAGCCCUUGUAUCUUGGGAAAAAGACCUACAGGUUACUAUUACAAGAAAUGAGUGGAUAAAUGCAAAUAAUGCCGUAACUAAGGCUAUUCAUUGUUUACAUUCAAAUGAAAGUCAUUAUAAGAUCAUUAAUAGAUGGCAUUAUGUUCCCACUAAAUUGGCAAAAAUGUACCCAUCUUCUUAAUAUGUGUUGGAGAUGCGGCUCAUAUAGAGCAGACUAUGUCCACAUCUGGUAGUCUUGCCCAAAUCUAAGUCAACUAUGGAAUAAAGUAGCAAAAUUUUGUCAAGAGGUGAUAAAAGUAGAUCUUGACUUUACCUGUAUGUCUUUUGUACUACAUCUGGGUUGGCCUAGAAUUUCAAGAAGUAAAAAAGAUAUAGUGAUUCACAUCUUAACGGAGACUAAAGCAAAAUUAGCGAGAUAUUGGAAAUUAUCCGAUUUUCCCCUCUUGGGAUAUGAUAAAAUAUCAGGUCCUGAACCAUUGCAAAAUGGAGAUUGGAAUCCUGAGACAAGAUAACUAUACUAACUCUAGAAUAGAACAAUGGGAGGAAUGGGUAAAAAAAUUAAGCCCUACAUAAGGAAAAUAAUAGUAUCUAUUAUUUGAUCUUAGUACAGUAUGUUUACUGGACAUUACUGUUAAAUAUAAGUAGUGAAAAGGGGAAAAAAGAAAAGGGAAAAAAAAGGAAAAGGGAAGGAGAGAAAAGGGAAGAGGAGAGAGGGGAAAAAAGAAAGGAAUUUUUUUUUUUUGAGAAGAACUUAAGAUGAUAAACUCAAUAUGACAAAUAACUAAUGAACAUAGAGACAGAUUAGAAAAAUGUCUUAAUAAUUUUACAUCUUAGAGAGCUAACACUGUUGAUAUGUUCAUAAGGUUGUAAUGUUUCUCUAUUUUGCAUCUCUAUGUAAAGCAGUUUUUUGGUUAUUUAUAGCGUAAACCUUAUUAGAAAAAAAAGAAAAAAGGGAGAAGAAAAGGGAUAAUAAAAGGGGAAUAUAUCAAGCCCUACAGUAAGACACUAUAUGUCAGGAUUUAUAGAUCUCGGCACAGUAUGACUUUGUUUUUGUUUUUAUGUUUAUAUGGAUUGUUAUAGACAGUGGCUAUAUAAGGCUCUUUUAAGUCGAAGUGAAGACACUAAAUUUGAUAUGUCGUCUAAUAAAUUAAAAAUUAGGUAUCUUAGAGUGCUAGAACUGUCUGAAUGUAUUUAUUGUCCUAUUGUCUUUUGUUUAUAUUUUUAAAUAUAAGUCUUUUAUUGUCUAUUGUGAUAAAUUUUCGAAAAAUAAUAAUGAAAUGAAAAAAAAAUGCGGUGUGAUUUUAACUGCACAGAGGUGCUCUCUAGAGUGAAUGUGAAGACGUUCAAAUAUAUAAUUUAGAUCAUUUUAUAAAGCUUUUUAACUUAAUCAGACUAUAUUUAAAUAUCAGUAAACAAAAAUUACUUAAAUGUUGUUUUAAAUUACCCUAAAUGUGUCUGCAUCAUUAAUUUAUCUCCAUAGCACUGACUUCAAGUUGCCUACACACAUGUGCACAGUAGGCAAAAACAGCAUUGUGUUUUUUUUUUUGUUUUUGUUUUUUAAUUAAUUAACAAAUAAGCCCAACUAAUUUGGUUAGUGGGUGGCUUUUGGAAAUUCCUUUACAGUGCUUUGUCAGCAUUUCUGCAUCGUUGGACUUGCUGCAAAUAAGUCCCACUACUUUUUAAUUAUUUAUUUAAAUAAAUUGUACACUAUCAGCGUUUUGUUUAUGUAGAAAUUCCACUCGCUUAUCCACUGAACAAAUAAACAGUAAUGGGGGAACGUCUUGAGCAGGACUAGUGAUGGCAGCUGAAGUCCCUCUCACAAAACAUAUACAGUAGUAGUUUUUCCCAUUUGAAACCAGAUGACUAAUCAUGCAGUUUCAACCCCUAUUGUCUUCUAUGACCAGUUUGGAAAUGCAUUGAUCUUGAAAGACCAUCAGGUGCUCGAUCUGUCGUUGACAGGUUGAAUAGUUUACCAUAAAGAAAAUUAAAAGAAAUGUUUGCUAUUCUUGAAUGUAUGAUUGCACCCUUGAAAGCAACCUUUGUUAUCUUUUGAUUAUUGAUUUUUUUUUUGUGUGUUAAUUCAGUAGUUGCCAUCCAACUCCUUAAGUGCAAAUCACAAAUGUGAAUGUGUCUGAGAAAGUGUCCAGAGCUAUUCCAGAGUUUGGGAUGUCAUCUGAAAGGGAGUUUGAUUAUUUCUUUUUUUUUUCCUAUGCAUCAUUCUGCUUGUGUAAGUUUUAUCAUUUAAAUGGGAAUUCUAAGCAACAUAACCAUCGCAGCUCAGUGAACAGACUUCACAAGUCUCUUACAUUAGGGAAUGUUUUACCUAGUAUUUUGUUGUUUGCAGUUUUACACAGCAGGGAACAAGUUGUUCCCUUGUUGUUGGUGCAAGUGUCAUGUAUGAAAUUUAUUAUGUCGUUAGGGCUAUAAGUUCCAGGAGAUAUGACAGAAGAAUUCCAACAUCCGGACAAGAAGAAGAUACCAAAUUGCAUACCAAAUUGCACUCUCAGUGAAAUGGGUGUUAAAUUACAUGUGACGGGGAGUGGGGAAGACACUUGAAACGUUUGCAAGGUGCUACAUUUCUACUGCCUCACUAUUAAGGUAUACGUGGUAAUUCUGUAAGUUAUGGAUGUUAAAUCAAUUGGAAGAUCACAGAAUUUCCCUAACCAGCCCAGUAAUUUUCCACCAUGGGUAUGCUAAACUUGUCACCUUCAAGUCCCUUAUCUAAUAACAUAGUGAGGAAGGCUUAUGAUCUGUCUCUUCAGAGUGGAUGAUUUUACUUGUUUUUUUUCUUAAUUUGGGUUAUAGUUGAGAACACACCAUAGAUGGACAGAUCUUGGAACAUUUGCGCCGGAAAGUGCAAAAUAGUCUCAGGAUAAGUUUAAAUAUUUUGCUCAAACUCUUAUUUUAAGAACAUACCCAAAUAUGUUGAAAGAAAGCAGCCCCCACCUUCCCUCAUCGCAAACUCUGUGUGGAGCAUGUCUCAUUCAGUCGACGGUACACGUGUAAUGCUAUCCGUCGUUGCAUCUCCUGGUACAGAGGUACCGGUGGGUGUGAUUCUAGUCCAUUCUUGGAGGCCUUCCAGACCAAGCAGGAGCGUGGGGCAAAGUGACAUCUGGAACACCUGGAGUGCCGAAGGUUGCCUAACCCCACCCUUCAGCAACUCUACUAACAUGGCGGAAACUGCUUGUUCUCACAGUCAAGAGGGUGCAUAGCACAAUGUCAUGUCCAUGCUGGAACAAAUCUUUUCCGACUUCUGGCAGCAGAUGGAGCACAGGCUAUGUCACCCACCUACCUCCCACUGCAAGCAAGUGACCACUCUCCAUGACCGCAAUCCCAGACCUCUCAUCAGGAGCAAAUGGAUCUGGCGGGAGAGCAUACCCAAAUAUAGCAGUGGAAAGAGCAGUGCAGCUCAUCCAGAUACAAAGUGGCACGGAAAUGAGUACCAAGGCUGGGCCUCAUGAGACUCUGGAGGUACACCAAUGAAUCCCACCAGCAGUGUCUGCAGUGAAUCGCCAUCCUCCAUACGGAAUUAAAGGUGUACAGCUCAUCUACCCGGUGCAGGACUGCACUCUGCCUAUGAGAAGCAUAAGACUGCUUUGGGACAAGAUUAUUUAACUUUUAAAUGAGUGAAUUGAGCGGUGAGUCUGCAGGGGCAUGAUCUAGACACUAAAACUGCUUUAUUAAGCUAAAGCGAUUUUGACGUCUAUGGUAUCCCUUUAAGUAAUUUGUUUCUCGUAGUGAGAAUGUCUAUAAAAAGGCAGGAGAAUGAUGAUGUCCAUAUGUGAACACAGCUAGUCGUGAAUGAAUGAUUCAGGACUGAUCUAAUACUUUAUCUGCCAUUUAAGUGCUUAGUGCAUUAAUAAAUCUAAAUUCUUCUGCAGUGAAAUAAUAUCUUGCUCACCUUGCCUCACCUAGUUUUGUGUAAUUUGCAGACAGGUGCCUCCAAGGAACGUUCUUUCGGUGUUGAGAGCCCUGUAAACAAUUCUUAGAUGCACAUAAAAAAUGUUUUGUUUGGUAAACUUUACUAAUUGGUGCUUUUUAAGAGUUCUCUUUGGGCGAACUCUUAAAAGUUUGACCUAGAUAAUUGCGAGAGUUGGGAUCUGAUGUCUGUUUAAUGUUAUAUUUUCCAUUCUGACAUGGGGUACUCUGUAUAUUUUUUUGUAGAUAACCGAAUAUCACUAAUUAAAUGUUUUGUUUAUUUAGUCUUAAAUUGUUUAGUGUUAAAUAGAUUUUUUUAACAGGCAAUAUCCAUGUGGGGUGUUUGGUUAUGUAAUCCUGACAGCAUCUUUACUCUCUGUAUUCUGCUUAAAAUCAAUAAAACACAAAAUGGAGAAAUAAACAGAUUGCAGAUCAGGCGCCUGGAUACAAGUCAAGGGCUCAUGAGCUGCACCAAUAUAACCACCUAAUAGGGAGCUCCAAUAAGGAGAUAACCCUCCAAAAUGUGCUGGAAAUAGGAGAAAGUGAUGUAUAGAAUCCCACAAGGGGAAAUUAACAUCAGGAUAGCUCCACUGGUAUAAGAAAUGAGGAAGCGGGGCCCUAACUUUAAUCAAUCGAAGGAUAAAAGGGGAUAUUCAAACAAAAAAUAUAACUUGAAAAAAGGAGAUCUACUAAAUGGUGCCCAUGGGAUCCAUUAACUGGAGUACUAAAUUGCAUCUAAGUUCCAUCUGUGUUUAGACCAGAUUAUCUGGUCCCUUGUUCUCUGUGGACCCUGUGCCUUUUCUCUCUCCCUAACCUCGUUUACACUACCUUCCCGUCAGUCGGACACUUGGGGAACUGGAACUUAGAUGCAAUUUAGUACUCCAGUAUAAUUUUGUUCUGACUAAAUUUUAAGUUAUUUCCAAUUACAAUUCUGUAUGUAUUAAAAAAUACUAGCAUAUCUAAAACUUUUCUCUCUUGAUGUAUCUGUGAUCAGCAGCCACAUUCUGUUAAUGUGAUCUAUAUUUCUUCUCUUUCCAGGCUUUGAAAAUGUUACGUAAUUCAGAUUUAAAACCAUACAUUAUAUUUAUCGCUCCACCCUCCCAAGAGAGGUUGCGUGCAUUACUGAAUAAGGAGGGUAGAAAUCCAAAGGUAUGUGUUUGUUUUAUAUAUGUAAAUUAUUUUCAGUGUUCUAUGUCUGCACUUUAACAUUUAUUUGGAUGCAAAUGGGUAGCACAGUAGUAAAAAGGAUAACAAUUACAGUUUAUUUUCCUUGUUGUCAUGCUAGGAAUGUGUGCAGUCUCCCUGUUUAAAGUCAAACCUGUGUUGAUUGGUUUUGGUGCUGCGAGAGGGUUCAUGUUUGGUGUUUCUUUGUGUUUGGUCCAGAAGAUAGAAAAAAUAAAUCUAAAACAUAUUCUGUUUGAGAAGUAAAAUCUUGUUCAGGCUUUACUGUACAACUGUAUACAAACUGUAGUAAUCGAGCCUUGAUACCUACAAGUGCUUUCAGGCAUUGGUUCAGCAAUACCGUAUACAUGCUUUUCCAGUUAAAUACCUGUUGCUAUGCAGUUAUGCAAAAUGUUUUUAUUUUUUUUAAAUCACACUAGGUACAGUGACUCUUCAAGGGGUAUCUUUCAUUCAAAAUGAAAUUCACUGCUUAAACAGAUUAAAAAAAAAAAAAAAAAGUUGACUGCAAGUAUGAUUGCCCAACGAAAAAAGUUUUUUAUUUUAAAUAUGAUGUUCAUGAUACGGUGUAAAAACUUAGUUAAAAAAAAACAAACUGGCACAGUAUUUAAUAUUUAUAUAUAUAUAUAUAUAUAUAUAUAUAUAUAUAUAUUAUGAAAAAUGCUCUUGCACUCACUCUGUAAUCCCUUAAUGACCGGGUGCUAGUAGUAUCCAUUUAUCCAAGAAGGAUGCAGCACUCUCGGAUUUAAAAGUCCAAAAUUUAUUUGUAUGAAGUUAAAAAGAUCGACGUUUCAGUCCUACAUAGAGGACUUUCAUCAGGAUCAAAUACAAACAUAUGAAAAACAAACAUUGCUUAUAUACAUAUCAAAAUUAUUCAAAUUGGCUUACCCCUAGGUGAAUCAAGUAUGUGACCGCCGUUCUGCCGUUCUCUGUGCGCAUGUUUGGCCGAGCUCCGCCCCUUAGUGACGUCAACGUGAUGGUGUAGUGUAAGUUUCCAUAGCGACGUGGGUAAUCAAGGCGUCGCUAUGGCAAUAAAUAACAGGAAAUAACCGUGCCUUGAGCCAGAAAUAACAUGCAAAAUCAGAAACAUGUAAUAAUCCAACAACAAGAUUCUAUUAUGAAUAUAGUGUAUGACUGUGCAUCUAUAGGUGCAUUAUAGUAUAUUUAUGCCUAAGAAUUACUAUUAGGCACUAACACAUUAUCUAUAAAGUGCAGUGUUAAAGUGACAGGCUUGAGAAAUAGAGCCUGUGUUUAUAAUAAUAAGCUCAGUGACUGCAGUAAAGUGUUGAGUACAUAUUAUAAUAAAGUGCCAAUAGUGAUCAAGUGCAAAUGGAAGAAUAUAUAAAGUGCCAACUUAUGUAGAAUGCAUACAAAUAGUCACCGAUAUUGUAUACACUGAGGCUGUAUAUAACAGCCCAAGUGUAUACAAAGAGAAUUAUUUAAAAAAAUCGUUAUGUGAAACAUAUAUACCACUGUCCAAUAGACACAUACAUGAAAAACACAUAUAGAACAUGUACACAUAUAUACAAAAUAUAUUUUAAAAAAAAAACACACAUAGAACAUACAUAUAUACAAUAUCCCAGGGUUUACUACCAUUUUGUUAGAUAUUACCCAUCCUGGACCUAAGGGCCAGUUGGCUAUAUAUCACUGUAUUAAAUAUCUUAUAAACACUAUAAUAUAUAAGAACCAGUUGACCAUAUAUCGCUGUUUUAAAUAUCUAUUUUUGUAAACAUUAUGGCCAUGCGUCAUCCCAUUGGCCCAAUAUCUAAGGUAGUAUAACGUAAGACCUGGGUUAUGUAUCCUAAAGUUCUUAAAUAAAGAAGGAGCACUGUGCAUGCAUAUGAAUAAUUAAUACCUUAAAAAUAAUUCAUAUUUGAUAAUUCAAAAAAGUACUUAUGAAAAUACUUAUAAAAAGGAGUGGAAAGAGAUGGUUUCAUUUAGACCUCUUGGGGAUACUGUGUCCAAUUCAUAGAUCCAGUAAGUCUCUAAUGGCCGAAGAGAUUUGCGUAGUUGAUUGAUGGAAGGCCGUAGGGAAGACCAUUCUUUGGGUUACCAUUGUUUCCCUAUGUACUCGGGCAGUCUUCACUUCUUCAAGAGCCUUAUCGAGGGUAGAACAUAAGUACUUUUUUGAAUUAUCAUAUAUGAAUUAUUUUUAAGGUAUUAAUUAUUAAUAUGCAUGCACAGUGCUCCUUCGUUAUUUUAGAACUUUAGGAUACAUAACCCAGGUCUUAUGUUAUGCUACCUUAGAUAUUGGGCCAAUGCGAUGAUGCAUGGCCAGCAAUAUAAUGUUUACAAAAAUAGAUAUUUAAAACAGCGAUAUAUGGUCAACUGGUUCUUAUAUAUUAUAGUGUUUAUAAGAUAUUUAAUAGUGAUAUAUAGCCAACUGGCCCUUAGGUCCAUGAUGGGUAAUAUCUGUAACAAAAUGGUAGUAAACCCUGGGAUAUUGUAUAUAUGUAUGUUCUAUGUGUGUUUUUCGUGUGUGUCUAUUGGACAGUGGUAUAUAUGUUUCACAUAACGAUUUUUUAAAAUAAUUCUCUUUGUAUACACUUGGGCUGUUAUAUACAGCCUCAGUGUAUACAAUAUUGGUGACUGUUUGUAUGCAUUCUACAUAAGUUGGCACUUUAUAUAUUCUUCCAUUUGCACUUGAUCACUAGUGGCACUUUAUUAUAAUAUGCACUCAACACUUUACUGCAAUCCCUGAGCUUAUUAUUAUUAUAAACACAGGCUCUAUUUCUCAAGCCUGUCACUUUAACACUGCACUUUAUUUAUGCGUAAGAAUUACUAUUAGGCACUAACACAUUAUAAAUAUACUAUAAUGCACCUAUAGAUGCACAGUCAUACACUAUAUUCAUAAUAGAAUCUUGUUGUUGGAUUAUUACAACAUGCUUCUGAUUUUGCAUGUUUCUGGCUCAAGGCACGGCUAUUUCCUGUUAUCUCCAUAGCGACGCCUUGAUUACCUGCGUCGCUAUGGAAACGUACACUACGUCAUCACGUUAUGAAGUCACUAAGGGGGCGGAGCUCGGCCGCACAUGCGCGCAGAACGCCAGUCACACACUUGAUUCACCAGGGGGUAAGCCAAUUUGAAUAAUUUUGAUAUGUAUAUAUGUUUGUAUGUGAUCCUGAUGAAAGUCCUCUAUGUAGGACUGAAACGUCGAUCUUUUUAACUUAAUACAAAUAAAUUUUGGACUUUUAAAUCCGAGAGUGCUGCAUCCUUCUUGGAUAAAUAUAAUAUAAUCGUGUGUGUGUGUGUGUGUGUGUGUGUGUGUGUGUAUAUAUAUAUAUAUAUAUAUAUAUAUAUAUAUAUAUAUAUAUAUAUAUAUAUAUAUAUAUAUAUAUAUAUAUAUAUAUAUAUACACACACACACAACUUAUCAAAAAAACUCUUGUAAAUGUAUAUGUUUAAGCUUAUUAAGAUAAGUGUAUUUCCAGUUCUGAUUCACCUCCCACCCCAUAGCUGCCUGUAUAUAUACAUAUGCUCUUGGCACUCACCCAUUAACUGACGUUUUCCUUUAUAUCUGUGCCUGGGUGCAGACCUCAGCGUAAGUAUAUAUAUAUUCAUUGAAGAAAGGUGCACUCACAGGGCUUCAUCCAUAAGUAGUUUUAUUCUUAGAUGUGCAUUACAUGUGUAAUCAAAUCCUCAAUCAACGUUUCGACCCAUAAAGGGUCUUUUUCAAGAUCUUAUAUAUAUAUAUAUAUAUAAUAAUGUUAUUUUUUUAUUUUUUUUUCCCCGGUCUUUUUGUGCUCCGGUGCACAAUCUCCAACCAAAAUAUAUAUACCUAGUAGAGAGCACUCUGGAGUCUUGGUGAAGUAAAUUCAAACUGGUGCUUUAUUAAACAAACACAGUGAUUAAUAAAGCGGCAGUUUGAAUUUACUUCACUAAGACUCCAGAGUGCUCUCUACUAGGUAUAUAUAUUUUGGUUGGAGAUUGUGCACCGGAGCACAAAAAGACCGGGGGGGAAGAAUAUAUAUAUAUAUAUAUUAUUUUUUUUAUUUUUUUUAAGGUAAUUUUAUUUAAUUUUCUAUUUUAAUUUUUUUUAAGCUAAACUAGAGAUUCUGAUUGUUGUGUUGGUGCCGGACUUUCUUUUUAAUUCGGUCACCGCAUUUGAGAUACAUAUUUUUUCCAUUAUGUGAGAGUACAUUUUUGUAUUGACCUUUUGGUUUUUUCUUAUUUACCAUACAGCCUGAAGAACUGAGGGAUAUCAUUGAAAAAGCAAGAGAAAUGGAGCAAAACAAUGGCCAUUAUUUUGAUGCAGCAAUUGUGAAUACAGAUCUGGACAAAGCCUUUCAGGAACUUCUUCGACUAAUCAAUAAACUGGACACUGAGCCUCAAUGGGUCCCAUCUUCCUGGUUGCGGUGAAGACUAAUAGAAAAUGUAUUUGGCAAUCAUAAAAGGUUGCGUAUCAAAAGUUUAAGCACUGAGAAGUCAGGUUGAAUCUGUUUUAUAACAUGUUGAUUUUGCAUUAAUACCCUGAUCAUCAUUCAGUGGAUGAUCUGCAAAUUCACAUCUGUCAUAUCAGAUUUUUAUGAAAAUUGGAGUUGUAACAUCCUCAGAUUAUCAGUUAAGUUAUAAGUCCUAACACUAUGUCCUUUGAAAUUGUUUUUCUGCAUUAUCUGAAUAUCCAUGAAUUAAUAGACUGAACACUCAAUCGUGUUUACAUCCUAUCUCUGGAAAGGGUUUGGUGGAGUUGCCAGGAUUAUGUGGUUAAUUUAUGUGAUCUUUAGUUUGACGAUUGCAUCAAUUUAAAAUGUAUCUCGCAGGUGUCAUUCACAUAUAGCACUCGGCAGUGUUUACAACAGAAACACCUAAAGUACCUGUAAGUAAACUCCAUAAAUAAGGCCAUUAAAAUUUGACUGUUUUUCAGUUUACAGCAUUGAGCAAAUUUAAUGAAAAAAAACUAAACACUUCUCUGAAAUGAGUGUGCUACUUAUAUUUAUAAACCCAAUCACUACUAAUCCUGCAAGCUGAUAUAAAAUGCACUCAACUUUGUAUUAUAUGUAGAGUGUACUGUUACCUGGCUUGCAACAAUUUCUAAAUGAUUUCUGUGAGUAUCAAAUAUACACAGAUUUAUCCAUUGCUCUGCUCAUUUGUGGGGGAGGGGGGAAUCAUUAAUAAGAUAAUGUUGGGAAUUACUUUUAGUGACUGUAUGUAUAUACAAAAUAGAUUGUGUUUUAGCAAUAUGCUUUAGCAAUUUACCUGGCAGCUGGAAUAUUCACUCUGCCACCAUUUUUAAACAAAUGUAAUUUUUGUAUUAUCUUGGACUUAAACAUUCCAAUUUAUAAAAGCACUGAUACCAGCAGUAACUUCCAUUUUUCAAAUAGCAAAGAAUGUAAACUCCUCUUUUUUUUUUAUUUUUUUUUUCUUUUUUUUUUUUACAUUCUUAUAAAUAAAUUUGGAUUUGUACAGUUAUGGAAAUGAAUACAUGUAAGUACAAUUUAUUUAGUUCAAUACAUCUGUCUUGUGAACUACUGGUAUGUCAGAUUCUGGUAGCAACUGAAAAUUUGAGAAAUUAAUCUAUUUCAACAUGAGAUAGACUUAAACGAAUAUUUGAGUUUUUAUUGCAGAUUUUUGUUUUUCAUUCUCCAAGGCGAUCCAUUAGGUUUAACAUUUAGCAUUGUUUUAAAAAAAAAAAAAAAAAAAAGUUAACUAUCAGAGGAGUGUCAAAGAUUGAAUGCUUUUCAUAUUCCUAAUCAUGCAUAGUUCCAAACAUUAGAGACUUGGUGAAUCAUGAAAAGAGUGGUUUGUUUUUGUUUUUAUUUACACUGGAUACUUACACAUUUAUGCAGGAAAAAUUUUCUUUGUUUAUCUCCUUUAUAAUCGCUUUUUUUUCUGUUUGAUAACUUAUCAAAAAAACUCUUGUAAAUGUAUAUGUUUAAGCUUAUUAAGAUAAGUGUAUUUCCAGUUCUGAUUCACCUCCCACCCCAUAGCUGCCUGUAGCACCUGGUUACUAAUGUGUUCAAUCAAACUCUUAGAAAUUUUGUUCAGUACUGACACAAGUAAUUAUAAAUAAAGCUAGUUGAGACAUCUUAUUUAUAGCCAAGUGUCAUCUUCCUCAGAAGCAGUCUAAGAGAGCGUUACUAGUUAUAUUACAUUUGAUUUUUAGAGGAAUGUGUCUCACUGCAGGAACAGUGGGGAGAUAUUUGAUGGUGGCCUUCAUAUACAGCAAAAUAGAUACUUGUUCUUGCAUUGUCCAUACAUAUCUUUAAUUUAUGAACUGUAUAAUCUCUCAUUUGAUUAAACAGUUGGGUUUUCAAACACAUGUUGGAUCUUAAGAAAACAUCUAAAACUUAUAUUUUAAGUUUCCUGGCUCUUUUCAGCCACAAAGGUAAUGUAGCAUAUGAUCAGUUUUCUGUUUGGCUGCCCUUUCAAUGUGGCCGGCAAGAAGUGAUGGCAAUAUCUCUUUAUACAUUGCACACUCCCAGAGCAAGUAGAUUGCAAGUGCAUGCACUGGAUAUCCACAGAAACUGUCUGUGUUUGGCAAGAUCAUCUGUAGGAAUCUUAUUCUUAUUCCACACCAGUGUGUGCAUGUAAUUGCUUGCCUCACAUAGAAAAUAACCAGCAGAUGAGCAUCACCGGAUGCAGGCAGCAUGCUACAAGCAGACAAUAAUACAGAGAUUGGCAUAUUUCUCAUUUGUGUGCUAGUGUUGUAAAACCGAAAGAUCAGAAUGUAAUUGUUAAUUUUACAUUAUUUGCAUACUCAUUAGAGUGGCAUCAAAUCUCCCAAUGGCAACACAUAAGCAUGGAAAAUGAAAACCAUGUAUUAAUUUUUUUUUUAUUUUUUUUUUUCAUUUUAGUUCUUUACUGCUGGUUUUAAGAAUUGUGAAGACAAACAAAGCCUGUAGUUUGUUAGCAUAUCAAAUAUGUGACCAGUCUAUUAUUAGUCAACAUACAGGGGCUGAGAUAUCUUGCACAUUUUUUGACACAUUGAUUAGUAGCAAUUGUUUGUUUCAGUUUUUUUUUAUUUUUGGUUUUUUUAUUUUGGUGUAGACAAAUAUUGUCACUUCUUUAUAAAGGAUCCUGAAUACACAACAGAAGCAACUACUGUACAGAAUGGUAGAAACCGAAGUCAGAAUCUCUCAUAAAUUUAUUUUCAUUUUGUUUUUCCUAAUCCAUGAUGUAAAGCUGAAAGAUGGAACAUAGCUACAGAAACAUAAUUUAAUACAUUUUAUUUGAGGUCUUGACAAGCCUUUCAAUAGUUUAUAUGCUCAAAAAUACCUCCUGACUAUUGUGAAACGCAAUUAAAAAGCAGAGUUGAAUUUACAAACACUGGAAAUAUAAUAUAUGGUUUUUAAAGGAAAUGUAUAUUUUAUUGAAAAUGCAGAAUUAGAAAAGUACACGUUUGCACUACUCAUGUAAAGUGAAUGAAGUUGUGAUUAGUAAUACAAUAAUCUGUUUUUAUACUUUCUUUCCCUGUGAAUAUAUCUUUAUAUAUAUUGUUUAAUAUCUUACACUAUUUUCAAGGUAAACUAAUGAGAAUAUUGCUUUAUUUGCUGGCUAGUUACUUUGUGAUGUAUACGGUUGCAGUUUAAGCCAAGAUAAUUUGUAUUUUUUUUUCCAUUUUUAGCUUUUAGCAGCUUUUAUGGAUUUCAUGGGUCAUUUCGUGAUGUUACUUCAUUCUUUUACUGUCUCAAAUUCUUACUCAAAUGAAGUUAUUUUUAAAUGUAUUUUAUGAGUGUUUUUGUUUUUUUGCGUAACUAAUCCAAAUUUUCAUUUGUACAAUUUUUUAUUUUAUUUUUUACACUUCAAAUAUUUUCCAGUACUUUGUUUAAAUAUACAGCAAACAAAAUAAAGCAAGAGGCAGUGUAGCUAGAUAUAAUUGCCAUUUGAAAAUGUAAUAAUUCAUUUUUGAUUAUUCUAGAAAUGUCACCGUAUUAAAGGGACACUAUAGUCACCAGAUCAACUACAGCUUAAUGUAAUUGUUCUGGUGAGUAUAAUAGCUCCCUUCAGGCAUUUUCAUGUAAACACUGCCUGUUCAGAGAAAAGGCAGUGUUUACAUUGCCCCUAGGGACACCUCCAAGUGGCCACUCCUCAGAUGGCUAGUGGAGGGUCUUCCUGGCUCAGUGCUCCACAGUAGGCAGCCCUGUUAUUCAGCAUCCCCAUGCUCUGCAUGGAGACGCUGAAUUUUCCUCAUAGAGAUGCAUUGAUUCAAUGUAUCUCUAUGAGGAGGUCCUGAUUGGCCAAAACAGCAUUUGGCCCGCCCCUGUGCCAGUUUUAGCAAAGGGAAAGCAUUGGAUUGGCUAAAAAUUGGCCAUUUUGAGGGCGGAGCCAGCGCCGGCGGAGCCAGCGCCGGCAGACCCGUGCGGCCCUGGAAAUAAGGCGAGUUUUAAACUUUUAUAGGGGAGCUAAGGGGGGGAGGGGGGGGCACACAUGUACACAUACAUUGCUUUAAUCCAUUCAGUUUGUUUUAGGAUGGUGAACAAAAUAAGAGUAUAUCAGUUUUAUCAAUAUGAAAACAUAAAUGUAAAAUUACAUUACCCCACAUUAAUAAGGACUAGUCAGGAAUUCCAUAUACUGUAUCAGCCCAUAUUAGAAUGUUAUUUUAUAUUUCUGCUUCUACACGAAUAUAUCAGUCAAUCUUAAAUAUUACAAUUUAAGUGAUCCAUUGAAAUCCUAAAUUAUCCCACCCACACAAUCUUGAUUAAGGGUGAAUAGAUUUGUUUACGAAAUUUUUAUUUAUUUUUUUACAUAAUUUGAACCUUUAGAUAAUCCUGUGGCACAAACUUAAUUUUUGUUUUUUUUUGUUUUGUGUAUUUUUUUUUCCUCCAAAAAUAUUCUUCUAUGCUCAGAAAGCUAACAAUUAAGCAAUAUAAUAAACUGCUUGCUAUAUUAUGGUGCAAAGAAAUUACCCCUUUCAUACUUACGUAUUUUGGACAGCAUUCGGACUUCCAGGGCUGAUUCAAGGAUUUUUGGCUACACAGUCAAAGAUGCAUUUUUUCCUUGGUUGCCUACCAGCCAGUGAUAUAGAUAAUGCAUUAAAUUUUUCAACUACAGCCUGAAGUUUCCAUUUUAAUUUAUGGGAUUGGAGGCCAUUUUAUAAAUGUUAAAAUAAAAUACCCCAUGGUAUAUUUAAGAAUGUAUGUUUGUGUUUACAAAAUUUGUAUUUUAAUUUUUCAUUCAAAAUGUUCAUGGCAUUACUGGUUACAAGUUCAACCUCUCUAUUAGCAGGUAAUUUGUUAAGUACAUAUCCACAGAGAAAUUACACAAAAUAGACAUAUUUACGUUUAUACAUAUCAUUAGAUUAGGAAGAAUUUGGACUCUUGCAAAUUGAUUUGUAAAAUCUUCCCAGUUAAACAUUUGAUAUAAUGUCCUACAUUUUGUUUUAGUGCGACUGCUGCUUGAAGGAUUAUCCAUUUGAUUUGUAAUGAGUGACAUGUUGGUUUUAAUUUAUUUUUAAUUCAAAUUUGUUUUGCCUUUAUGGUCAGUUAAUACAAGUAAUUUCAAAAUACUCCACAGUUCGAACAUUUUAUGUGUAUGAUUGAUUUAUCAGAUAUACUAAAGCUGGGGAUUUGUCUGUUUCUUCUGAUCCUUCACCUUUGUACGAGUACCGGUAUAUAUUAAAAUGGGGAGGGAGAGGACUGUCAAAAUACUCCACUGUUUAAAUAUGUAUAUAUUUUAGUUUUCAGCACUUUCUAACACAUCACUGAUGUUCUACUACAGAUUUGCGUUUUUCUUGAUUUUUUUUUUUUUUAAACAAUUUCCAAUUUUGGAUUUUUAACUUGAACAAAUGAUGGUGAAAGUAAAUAUUGCCAGCUUCAAUAUUUAUUUGUGAUAGCGAAGGCCUUAACUAUAUGUUUAGUCCUAAUUCAUUUUAUAUCCAGUAUUUACCUGCACUGUGUAUUGAUGAGUUGUCACAAAAUGCACAAUUAUGUAAAAAUGUAAAAUUUGAUUUUAGACUUUGAAUAAAAUCACACUUGUACAAUUA